UGACGGUUUACACUACAUCUCCCAGAAUGCCGCGGGCGCGCACAGUCUAUGUGCAUGUAUGGCUGGCACAGGGCGAUGAUGAACUCUCUGGCGAGUCGCGGUCGCUGCUGGUGGCCCCUGCUGGGUAAAGGCUGCCGGGCGGGGACCCGCUGGAUGGGAAGCAGGCGGGAGGAGGCCAGGAACAAGCCCCUCAAGCAGUGGACUCUGAUUGUGAGCCCGCUGAGCAGCCUGAGGGUGGCCGUACCGUGCAACGUGAGUGUCAGACCCCAGGACCCCCUCACAUACCCCAACGCAGACCGGGUGUUCGUCAUGGUGAGCGGCAUAGACCGCAACGUGCACCGCGGGCUGGACCUGGACAACAUCCAAGUGAGAUACGAUGAGGAGUCCAGACAGGUGCUGAUCCAGUCCCAGGACAUUGACAGCCAGACCUGUGUAGAUAUCACCACCCCAAUGCGAUUUGGUUAGUACCCCACUGUUCAGAGCAUGCUGGGUAAAUACUGUGUGCCAGGGUCUGUGUGUCAGUCCUCACUCACUGUGUGCUCUGCCAGGGUCUGUAUGCCAUCCCUCACCCACUGUGUGCUCUGCCAGGGUCUGUGUGUCAGUCCUCACCCAUUGUGUGCUCUGCCAGGGUCUGUAUGCCAUCCUUCACCCACUGUGUGCUCUGCCAGGGUCUGUAUGCCAUCCUUCACCCACUGUGUGCUCUGCCAGGGUCUGUAUGCCAGUCCUCACCCUGUGUGCUCUGCCAGGGUCUGUAUGCCAGUUCUCACCCUGUGUGCUCUGCCAGGGUCUGUAUGCCAGUCCUCACCCUGUGUGCUCUGCCAGGGUCUGUAUGCCAGUCCUCAUCCUGUGUGCUCUGCCAGGGUCUGUAUGCCAGUCCUCAUCCUGUGUGCUCUGCCAGGGUCUGUAUGCCAGUCCUCACCCUGUGUGCUCUGCCAGGGUCUGUAUGCCAGUCCUCACCCUGUGUGCUCUGCCAGGGUCUGUAUGCCAGUCCUCACCCUGUGUGCUCUGCCAGGGUCUGUAUGCCAGCCCUCACCCUGUGUGCUCUGCCAGGGUCUGUAUGCCAGCCCUCACCCUGUGUGCUCUGCCAGGGUCUGUAUGCCAGCCCUCACCCUGUGUGCUCUGCCAGGGUCUGUAUGUCAGUCCUCAACCUUUGUGCUGUGCCAGGGUCUGUAUAUCUGUUCUGGGCUGUGUGCAAUCUGAGACACUGGCCAUACAUGCUCAGGUCCUUCUAUGGGAAGGAAGAAAUCAGUCCAAGUUGGCCAUGAAGCAUGUGUACACUGCAUUCACAACUUGGUAUAGGCUGCUUGAGGUUGGCAUUAUAACAACAUUAUCUCAGUGAAAAAAUGACUGUUUACUUUUACACUCCUAACGUGACGCUUAUCUAGUUAAUCCUUGAGGUGGACGACAGCCUAAAAUUAAACAAGUUAAGGUAACAUUGUAUUUUAAUAAUGACCGUAAAUAAUAAAAUACGCUAAAGUACACUUUUACCACAGUCUGUUUAAUUUAGAAUUUCUUCACUCAUGCACUGUUAAAAGCUUGCCAGACCUUGCAAACCCUCCUGUUUGUGAUUAAAGUUCAAAUUACAAAACAGGGGAUAAAACAUUCUAAAGUAAGUUAACAUCUCAUUGAAAAUAAAACCUUUUUUUUCCAUGCAGGCUGAGUUGUAUAAUAUUAAAUUUUGGGGGUUUACCUAUUACAUUGUGAGCAAAGUGUAGUUUAAUGCAUGUAAUGAUCUCCCUGCAUAUGGUAUAUCUGGCAUGGAGUUACCUUUCUGCAGUAGGGAGCCCUCAUAAUCUCCUUGCUAUAUGAUUAACCACUUCACUCCCUCAAUUAAGUAAAAACAUUGUACUUUAAUGAACUUUGAAGAAUAAAAUGAAGUCCAAAUAAAUUCACUCACCACAAUUUUACUCUAGAAAUGAUCUUUAGAUAAAAGAAUUCCUGUUCCAGAAAUUUCAUUGGAGCUUUAGUACUAACUGGAAACUGUCUUGACCUAUUUGUUGUUGACACCCCCCUUAAAACAAUAUAUUUUCUAAGCAGAGUUUCAUUACAUCCUAUAAACUGUAUAUGGUCUAUUAUCUAAACUUCAAGUUGUAGAAAAUUGAAAUAUAAAAAUUUAGGCUAAAGUAGCCAAGCUGUGACUAUUCCUGGAUAAUUAUCCACAUUAGAUGUUUUUGAACUUGUUACAAUCUAAAGUUUAGCAAAUAAUUCCAUAUGUAUUUGCCCUAAUAAAUUGGUGUUACAACUUUGCAACUAAGGGAUAUUAAUACAUUUAAUGCCAGUCUAAUUGCUUUACUUACAGAAGUACAUACGGCCAGUAAUACUUUUUUUUUUUUUUUCUCUCUUUCUUAAAAGUAGUAUUUCAUGUCACGCAAUCAGUUCAGUAGUCACCCUUCAAAACCUGUUUAACCACAUUGACCCAACAUUUUACUGCUCUAGGAUUUUUCUUUCUUUUGGGCUUCUCUGCUAAUUACCAUUAUCUCUCACUUCUAAUUACUAUUAUCAUCUAUCUCUGUUCAACCCAAUGUCAUAUUCCUUAACUCCAAUUUCAUUUGAUAUUUUCUCACCAAUCACUUGUGGAGUUUUUUUUUGUUUUUUUUAGGUGUAUAUUAGGUGUUUUAUGAAUCUGUGCUGCCCUAGGCAUGAUGGAACUCGGGCACCCCUAAUUAUCCCUCCGAAAGUGGAGACUAUUGAGAGCUUUGCGCUUGGAAUACAUGUUUGUAUUCCUAAUGCUAUAUAUAGUGUUCCUGUAAGUACAGCUUGCUUUUCUAUGUAACUAUCACUAUUAACAAACCUAAAUCCUAGAAAACCACAUCCUGGAAAGAAAUGUCCUUAUCUUUUGUUAGAUUUGCUAAACCUGAAAUUUGACGCAUACACUCUGACUGCCAUUGUUCAGCAGUAUAUAUUUAAGUUUGUACAUAAGCUUGUAGUAAUGUGCUUGAACAAUCACAAGUAUUCCUAAUUGUAGGAAUAAAUCCCUGUUUUUACAUGUUCCUCUUUCUCAACCCCCUAUUUAGAAUUAUAUAUGAAGCAUGAGUUUAAAGGGAAUGUUCAAAUGACAUUAUAUAUUGUAAAUUAUAUCAUAUAAGUAGUGCUGAGUGAUUCAUUUGAUCUGGUGCUUAGACUUAAUUUUGAUAAGAACAUUCAGGGAGGACUGAAACAGUGCUCACAGCAUGUUUUGCCCUCAGUGGGCUGGCUUAAAUGAUGGGCAGGCCAUUUGCCAGGUUGCCCAGCCCCCUUUUGUGGAGGGUUUGCCCCCUAUUGGGGUGGGGCUGGUGCCACCCCUUUUCCACAGAAAUCUAAUAUUUUCAGUGCAGUUACUACUGCAAGCUAUUCUGGGUGGGCAUAUGUAAAAGGGUUCAACAAAUAUCCAUCUUUUGCCUUGAUAUUCCACUUAAAACAUGUAUUUUGUAAAGUUUAUGUCUGCUGUAUACAACAGCCAAAUAACCACUCAUGGACAGCUUUUCGUUGUUGAUGCAACUUAUCAGCAUGAGGUUGGUUACUGGCUCUCUAUUGAGGCUUGGCGUUGUUUAUAUGUUCAAUCCCAAAAACUUUACACUUCAACUUUAAUGUAUUUGACAUACCUCAGGGGUUGACAAAUCUUAGGAGCCAGGUCACCAUGUUGACUAAGAAUUUUGUCCUGGCAUCUGGAUUUUUAAGCCCAUUCCCUCCAUCCCCGUGCAGUUCUCUUCGCGCCAGGAGGAAGUCAAGGGAACUGUAAUUACUUCCUCCCGACGCUGAAGCUGUGCAGUUUUUUCUUUUAAUUAGUCUACAUUAUUGUUGUUAUUGCUGUUAUUUUUAAAGAGCCUACAUUUUGCAUUCCUAAUAAGUGUACUAACAACCAAGACUAGUAAGACAAGGAAUAGAGGUUGUCCUACAUACAGUAUGUGCUCCUACAACAUUACUCACCCGUCACCAGUCACGCGGCUUGAGCAGAAUCGUAACGCUGUAACUGCACAUUGGUUCCCUUCUCUCCGUGUUUUUUCAUUGAGAUAUACCAUACCGUGGAUUGAAGGUGUGAUGCUGCCUUAAAAGCAUUAAAGCUUAAUUACUGAGCCAGUUUUCAUACACAGGCUCCUUUAAAUGGGAGUUUUCCAACUUCACCGCCAUCUGCACUAUGUUGUAUUUUUUUAUUUCUUUUACAUGUAUUACAAACCAAAGUUUAUUAUCAAUUCACGUGGGGUAAGUUUACCCCCUUAUACAUAUUUUUACAGCGCUCCACUUACAGGUGUAGGUUUUUCACUUACACCACCUUAUAGACUUUGGCCUUUUUUCGGUGUGGACAAGAAGGUAUUUCCACACAAGUGUUUUGCGCUGCUGUAAUUUAUAUUUAUCUCUUAUUUUAGCACCUUAUUGGACACACAUUCCUCCCAAAAGGAGGUAUAUUUCACUUGUUGCAUCUUGGGGCAAAGCUGUCACCAUAAACCCGGAAGAGCUGUAGAGGUGUGUUUCAUAGUUAAAGGGACACUAUAGUCACCAGAACAACUACAGCUUAUUGAAUUUGUUCUAGUGAGGCUUUUUGUUGUAAACAGUCUUUUCAGAGACAAUCCAGUGUUUACAUUACAGCCUAGUGAUAACUUCACUGACCACUCCUCAGAUGGCUGUUAGAGAUCCUUCCUGGGUCAUGGCUGCCUAAAAUACAUCCAAACAUUCAGUGUCUUCUCCUUCUGCAUGCAGACACUGAACUUUCCUCAUAGAGAUUCAUGGAUUCAAUUCAUCUCUGAGGAGAUGCUGAUUGGCCAGGGCUGUGUUUGAAUCGUGCUGGCUCUGCCCCUGAUCUGCCUCUUUGUCCGUCUCAGCCAAUCCUAUGGGGAUAAAAGUAUACAUCAAAUGGGAUACAGCUGGAUAUCUAAAACAAAAACUAACAAAUAGUGCAACACUGUUGGAGGAGGUUUGCAGUGCCCCCACUGUAUAUGGAACUCACAGACACUCCAGCCAAUCACACCCCGGGACCGAUGAUAUACCACCAAUUUUAAAAUAUCUAUUUUAUUCAAUGUAUUUGUUAUAAAUCAUUUUUUUACCUACCCGAUUCCUGGUUUGGAUCUAAAAGCACCAUUCUGACUGAGAAACCAAACUUCCCCUGGGGGGAAGGCAACCUUGAUGCGUUCUUUUCAUCUGGAGUCUGUGAGUUCCAUAUACAGUGGGGGCACUGCAAACCUCCUCCAACAGUGUUGCACUAUUAUUUGUUAUUUUUUGUUUUAAAUAGCCAGCUGUAUCCCAUUUUCUGUAUACUUUUAUGUGUGAGGUCACCAGUGAGGUCAAAUAGUUUUUUCCAUAUACUGUCCCUUUGGGGUGUAUUGGACACGCUUUUGUGUUUUAUAAUCCUAUGGGGAAGCAUUGUGGGUGGAUCAGGCUACCACUUCUGCUGAUGUCAGCAGGCAGUGGGCAGGUCUAAAGGAAACAGGGAAAAAGUAAGCGGCUCCAGACUUGAAUACAAGUAAGAUUUUACUAUAUUUAGGGUGGCAUGAGGGGACCAGGGUGGCUAGAUGGAAUACAUGUUUUUUAAUUUGUUUUAAAUACAUCUCAUAAUUUUUUCAUACCUCCAAUAAAAUAUUGAGCAAGUUGUAUUGUUAAAGGGACAUUAGUCACCAGAACAACUACAACUUAUUGUAGUUGGUCUGGCGAAUAUAGUCAGUCCCUGCAGGCUUUUUGCAGUGAACACUGUCUUUUUAGAGAAAAGGCAGUGUUUACAUUACAGUCCAGGUAUACCUCCAGUGGCCACUACUCCAACAGCUACUACAGGUGCUACCUGGGGUAGUGCUGUACAGUGUCUCCACCCUUUGCAUGAAGACACUGAACUUUCCUCAUAGAGAUGCAUUGAUCCAGUGCAUCUCUAUGUGGAGAUGCUGAUUGGCCAGGGCGGUGCUUGGCUCCUAUCCCGGCUCGCUUCCUGUGCUAAGAUCAUCAGAAUUGACAAUCUUAGCCAAUCCAAUGCUUUCCUAUAGAAAAGCAUUGUGAUUGUCUGAGGUCAUCACUUCUGAUGAUGUCAGCCCCAGAGGCAGAGCCAGCACCAGCAAACAGGAAUAAAGAUGAGAUUUUACCAUAUUUAGGGGGGCAAGGGGGAGGGGGGGGGGCAGGAGGGCUAGAUAGUGUAUUAAACACUACAGAGUCAGGAAUUUAUACAGAUACAGUGCCUAGGGACACUCUAGGCACUGUAUCUGCUUCAUUUCAUUAAACUGAUUAUAGUGUCCAGAGUUCCUAAGUUCCAUAAUUUCAUUCAACAUUAAACAUUUUUUCAUAUUUUUAUGUUUCAAAUCUAAACUAGAGUCCUCAGCAGCCCCUCCCCUCUGUGCUGUUUCGGCGAAUGAGGAAGUAUUAGCAUGAGCAGCAAUGGGCAGCUAUAAUUGGCUAAAAGUGUCAGCUGUCGCUUUUUAGCCUAUCAGAGCUCCAACUGACGGUAUGAAGGGUAUGACUACAUGGAAGUGUAUAAUCUUUGCCUUGGCCACAUCUCCAGAAGAGGCCAGACUGUGGGUGGCCUGGAUCCCUUACUUAGUGUUAAAGAGCUCUAAAAUGAUUUAACAUUUUAUGGAGAGACAGUGCCAGGGGACUCCAGGCAUCAUAACCAAUUCAAAGAGAUGAAAUGAUUAUAGUGAGUAUAGUGUCCCUUUAAGUAAUAAGUAUUUUAUGAAUGUGUGGUUAAUUUCCAAUUUCAUUCUAGAUGUGAACAUCAAGACAUCUGGUACUGGACAUGUAAAUGUCAAACAAAUAGAAUGUGACAGCUGCCAGGUAGAAACUGAAAGAGGAAACAGCAUUCUACAAUCUAUCAAGGUAAUGUUAUGUUAACAGCCUUUAAGCCUAAAUGUGAACUGCCCCUUUUAGAAUUGCAUAAUUUUAGACUGUAUUUUUAAGAUUGUGAUUCUAUUUAUUUAUAGGCUAUAGUAACCUUGCACUAGCCACUAUAUCGUAUUCUUAGAAGAAAACAUUAUGAAGAAAAAAAAUAAGAAGAAUGCACAUAGUCUGGGAAUAAAAUUGGAUGCACUUUUAAAGUGUCACUCUAAGCACCAUCACAACAUAUCCAGACCUAAACUGGCUAUUGGGGAGACUAAAUUACACAUGAAUUAGAUUUUUUAUUUUUUAUUUUACGCAUGGUUUUCUCCCUAAAUUAGAGGCAGUGCAACAAUGGGGAUAUCUCCUUCUCUUGCAAAAAAAAAUAGGCAAGCUGAACUGUAAACAACUUAAAAAGAAUAGACCCCUUCUCAUCCACCACCUUCUUACUAUGUAUCCAGCUGCCUGCCUGCCUUUGACAGGGUAGGCAGGUAGGACUCACGUUUUAUUUUUACAGGCGUGGUGAGGUGGCCAGGGAAGGCUCCAAUUGACUCUGAAGCAGCCACAUGCGGGCCAGGUGCCUUUGUUCCACGCUCUUAUUUCCGCCCAGUCUGUGCCGUGUUCCAGAAGUGCCGUUCGUGUGUGCAUGCUCAAUGCAAUCUCUGCACUUUGGUACCAAAUUCAAACAGGAAAUCCUUAUAAACUAUUUAAACCAAGUCACAACUACCUGGCAGUCAAAUGUUGUUCAGCUUUGUUGUAGCACUCACCAGCCUUCCAGCACACCCAGAGGCCUAACAAGGUAGGACUUUUUGCUUUUGUUUUAGGCCUGUUGUUCCCUGCGUAGUAUAGCUUAGCUAUUUUUAUUUAUUUAUUUUUUUCUCUCUAGUAUGUAUAAUCCUGAGAAACAUGUGGAAAAAGGAAAGUCCAAACAUCUUAUUUGUGCAUCCUGGAAAAAGUCUAUGCCUGAUGGUUAUAAAAAGAAAUUCUAAGAAAGCGUAGUAUCUAAGAAAGCUGAGUUUUCUGUCUUGGUUCCAGUCCAGUCUCCAGCAAACGUUUUGUGAGAUAAGGGAAGCAGCUCAGUUCUCUGCCACUUAAUGGAAUGCAAGACCCUCACAGAAAAAUAAGGAAGGUAAACGGGAAAAGUUUUCCAACUCAGUCCAAAUUCCUCAGGUAGUUCACCUUCUGAAGAUUUGAAUGCCUCAUCUGAUAUGGAUUUUGCCUUUUCUGAUGCGUUCUUACAUAAACUCAUGUGACGGUAGUCCACAUCACUUUGAACUUCAGAACUUAUGUUUUAGUCACCCUGUGCCCAUUAUAGGUGCAGGGUGUGUGUAAAAUAUUUAGUGUUAAAUAUUUUGUCUGCUCUCCUGUACUGCUGAGGAUUGCUACCAGCUAGAUUUGGCUAUGGUGCCUGUGUAGCGCCCUCUGUUGGCAGCAAUUUGCACUACCUGAAUAGCAAGGCUGGUUAGUUUGCAUAUUCAGGUAGAUUUUCAUAUUGCUGUAUCUGCAGGAAGGAGAUGUUUUGUGUUUAUUAUUGUCUUCCACACCUAUAUAAAUGUUAUUAGGUUAUUAUAAUUCCCUGUAUGUUUUCUGAUAUAUUUUGGUUAUUUGUGUUUUACGUAAGUUUGUCACAGCAAGCUUUGUGUAAGGAACGUAUGGCUAGUCCCAAGUAGAAUAAAGUAUUGCAUUUUUUUUCCUUUUCGAACUUGUCCUGUGUGGCUACAUGAUCCCUCUAGCCCUGAGAUAAAUCAAGAGAGGUAGGCCUGGGAGUCGCAGUUGCUUUUGUAAAGGCAAUACCUAUAAUCACUGUAAGAUAUAAUCACCUGCCUGGAAGGAACGCUGCGGUGGAAUAGGCAGAUGGGACAAUAUCUGCCUGGAAGGAGAGCUGUAGCCUGGUCGGGUAGAAAAGUUCUAGAAGGACCCAGUCAAGCUGUGGUGACUGGGGCAGAAGCGCUUCAGGUGUCCCGGUUCCAGCUAGGGAGCGAGCUUGACGGAGGUACCCAGCUGGGGCACCGUGAGCUUCGUCACAUUUGGUGGCAGCGGUGGGAUGGUCCCUUUCCCUGGAACCGGAGUGGAGCCUGCAGCGAUAUGAGGGAUUGGAGCGCUCAACCCUCAAGGACCUUUUGGAAGUACGAGGGAGACCAGCCAACAACAAGUCCAAAGCAGUACUGCGAGCGGAACUAAUGGAGCUUGAUAAUGCAAGCUCAUCUUCAUCGACGCCCUCUUUAUCUUCAUCCAAGGAGGAGACUCGCCUGCGGGAGGUGAAAGCUUGACUAGCCCUAAUGAGCCCCAACUCCUUGCCGGAGAUCGUUUUUCAAGUUAUUUCCAGCGUGGAUGCAGCCAUACAGGCAAGGUGGGCUCACAAGUUGAAGCAAGUGAAAGUACAGUGACCGGUACCUUGGCCGAGGUAUCCUAUCCAGCAGCACCAGAAAAACAGAAAAUACCCUUUGCUGCUUUUAAAACAUUUUACGUGACUGAAGAGGAGAUUGAGCGACAGUGCAGCCUACAUCAGGCACCCCUUUACAACUGGGUACCCAUCUUAGCUGGCAAGCUAUUCAGGAAAGCAGCAGAGGCGUUCUGGGCCGUACCCGACGAGGAAGCAGAGCUGCAGAGAAAUGGGCAGAGGGGACAAUACCUGCCUGGAAGGAGAGCUGCAGUUCCAGAAGGACCCCCGGCAAGUUGCGGCGACUGGAGCAGAAGCACUUCAGGAUUACUGGUUCCAGCUAGGGAGCGAGCUUGGUAGAGGUACCCAUCUGGUGUACAGAGAGCUACGUUACACCAUUAAAGAAGUUUCUUUGUGUAUGGAUGAUAAUGUAGCUUCAAGCAAACUUAAGGUCAUGCUUAGAAAGUGGAGAUUUCCCUCCAACAAUAAGAAAUUAUCUUAUGAAGAUCUUCUGAAAGUCAAUGUACCUAUUGUGCAGCUAUGUAAUAAGACCUUCCUGCCUAUUGGAAACUCAAGUGGGUUGCAGGAUGCCAUGGGCAAGAGAGAGGUCUCUGCAUCCAAACACUCCUUAUGUGAUAUGCCAUUCGAACAAGUGAAACAGUUUGUUUUUCAACUGGAUGAUCUUCUAAAACAAAUGGCAGAAAAGAAAAAAGCACUUCCAGAAGAGAGAAAUUAUUUUUGUAACAAGAGAUUCUUCAAUAAAAGUAGAUCCUCUUACAGAGCUUCAUUUUGUAGGACCAAUUCACACAGCACUUUGAUUACGAGAACGAAUACAAAGGCAAGUUUGUGUAAAAAAAAAAAAAAAAAAGGUGUAAGAUGUGGCAGACUAGCUGGUACCCACCCCAACUAGGUACCUCCGCCAAACACGCUUCCUAGUUAUGACCGGGACACCAUAAGCAAUUCUAGCCGCAGCUUGGCUGGGAUCUCGCCGCCUCUUCCCACCCCGGAUCUGAGUCCUGGAUCCAGCUCCCAGUGGUUAGAGCUCUCCUCCAAAGAGUAUAGCUGUAUAGCAGUAAAUUAGAGCAUGUAUAGCAUUCCCCCCCCCCCCUCCCCCCCACACACACACACAUUAGCCGAGACUUAGUGCUGGGAGUAGAUCUGAUUAAUGCAGGCAAGCACUCACAAUUUAUACACACUUUUAAACCCCCAACAGCCUCAUUUACAUACAAUAGGGUACAUAGAGCACUAUAGUACAAGGAAGGGUGGGGUCAGACAAUAGCAAGGGCUGAUGGGAGAUUGUGGAGGGACAAAGCAUCUAGUUUAAAUGUGUCUGGCAGUGUUCCUGAGACAAUGCCCUGUCAGGAAUUGUACAAACUCAAUAAUCUCCAGGUACAGAAAAACAUAUAAUUUCACAACACCCCAAAAGUACCCCCCAAAAUCCAUUGAAACACCACAAGGCACAUCCCCGGAUAGCCCUGAUCUGAGUGACCAUCAUAUCCAAAAAUCAGAUCGGUUCAGUGGUUCGGAUUUUCCAUAGAAGUCAACUUUUGACGACCGCACACAUGGCUUCUGCCCAAAAUAGUUCAAUAAGAAAAGGGGUAGCAGUCAGUCAGUCAAUUUCGAGAGUCCAAAACUGAACAAAAUACCAAACCGAUCUUCUGGCUCCUAAGUAGCGAUUGUUCGACUAGUUCAUGUGAACAAUCCUACCUAAUGUCACUCCCCUGAUUCGCGAGUUAGUGUCUGAUUUUACACCACUGCCUGCAUUUGUGCAAACAAAAUGGCUGCCAACUCAGUUCCCACGUGUUCGUGCAUACGAACGGCGGCCACCCAGUCAAACACUUAGAAUCCAUGAUGAUUGAGGUGUCAGGAGAGGUCAGUAGGGGUUAACAAGCACAGAGGUGGUCCGCAGUUCGUGGGUUUGUCCGGUUCAUGAACAAUACAGGGAAACCACACAAACAGUCUUUUAACAGGUCUUUUACAUGGCCCAUAGUCCUUGGGCAGGAAGCUAGCCAGCAGGCUCCUCCAGGAGCUCAUGGCAGAGACAUCUAUGCCACAGAAGACUACUAUAGUAUUUAGAAAAAUGAAGCGAUAUAACCAACAAAUGCAUCCUUUUUGUUAUAAGAAAAGGUUAUCACAUAGAAUUCAAAAGACCUCCUCAAAGUGAGUUAAUUUGUUCCAAGGUUCAAUCUCCCAUCACGUCAGAAAAUCUCCAUCUAGAAGUUCCAAAUCUGGUCCAGAAAAGAGUUACAGUAGAACCUCAGUCUACUACUUUUCUUGGUCAAGAAACCAGAUGGCUCAUUCAGAUCAAUUUUAGAUCUCAAAGUCAAUCUCACAUUACAAAGAAUAUCAUCAAAGAAGCGGAUUAGUUGAGUUAUUUGGAUCUAAAUUAUGUCUAUCUGCAUAUUCUAGUUGCAAAGAAGUAGACCAAUUUUAAGGUUUUGUGUUUCAGUAAAAGGUAAGCUUGUCCAUUACCAGUUCAGAAGUCUCCCCUUUGGUCUUUCCUCAGCUCUACGAGUAUUCAGAAACGUUCUAGUGGUUAUAGCUGCAGCAUUAGGAAAUAGUGGUCUUCAUAUUGUCCCUUACCUAAGCGACUGGCUGUCGAAGGUACCCGGCAACAAAACCUCUUCAGGAUAUUCAAACCGCAGAAUUGGUUCCCACAAGAAGAAUUCAGUUUCUUUGACGAAUAAUAGAUUCCUCUUUUGUGGAGAUUUUUUUUCCAAUGGAGAAAAAAAAGAUAAGGGUGGUAUUGUAUUCUCUAAUGAAAAAAGCAAUCUUUACUAUAAGAGAGGCAAUGAAUGUCCUGGGUAUUUUUACAGCAGCCUUUGCAUCAGUCAGCUGGGUGAAGGAAAGAAUGAGACCAUUACAGAGAUAUAUCCUGGGAACACAGAGAAGAGCUCAGUCUUCCCUAGAUAACCUUGUGAAAAUUUGGCUGGACACAAUAACCAGUUUCAGUUGGUUGGAACAUUCAAAGUAACUUUUCAGAUUUUUAUUUUUAUUUUUUUUCUUUCACGUUAAUAGAAAACAUCCUUGAUACAAAUGACGCUGCGGCAGUUGACUGGGGAGCAUGCGUGGGAAACCUGUCUGCAAAAGACCAAUGGACAACUCGAGACUCCAGAGAACUGAAAUCAGUCUGGAUGUCUCUUAAGUUUCAAACCCCUCCUUCUGCAUUAACAUGUUCAGAAUUACUCAGCCAAUGCAACUACAGUGGCCUACAUCAUCAAGCAUGGAGGGACCAGUUCCUCUACUCUGGGAAAACCUGUGCGCAAAGAUAAUGUUGUGAGCAGAGAUGCAUAUUCCAUCUUUGAUGGCAGUCCACAUCAAAGGGAAUGUCAACUUCCUGGCAGAUGCUUUAAGCAGGAAUUAUAUAAAACUGGGAAAUGGGUCACUCACAUCUCCCACACGUCUAUGGAAGUAGUUCAUCUAUUCAGCGAACCAGAGAGAGACCGUAUGGCUUCAAGAAUCAACAACAAAGUCAAGAAAUUUGCUUCAUUCAAUAGUUCAUGCUAUCGAGACUUCAUAGAUACCCUAUUGAUUCCUUGGGAUUUUAGUCUGGCAUAUGUCUUUCCACCAAUUCUGUUGAUUCCAAGAAUUCUACAGAAGAUAAUGCCAACACUUUUGCCUUGUCCGGGAUUAAUACCAUUCUGGUCCAGGAGAAGUUUUUAAAAAAAACAUUUUUUUCCACUCCUCAUAAACCUAUCCUACAGAACAUUCUGGCACCUUCCCUUGUCAAAACACGUCUUGAAAUAUCGCCAAGUGGAACUACAGACACUGAAAAGCUUCAAGCUCACAGCAUGGUGCCUGUACAGCAGGUUUUGAGUUCUAAAGGCUUAAGUUCGAAGUCAUAAAUACUCUGACAUUUUUCACCUGGUGCUUGGCUGUUCAAGUAAAUUCACUUAUAGCUCCUUUUCCAUAUAUCCUAAGGUUUUUACAACUUGAAUAUGCAAAAGGCCUACAUCCAGCAUGUCGCUAGCAUUUUUUUAUUCAAUUGUUGGCUUUGAAUUUUCUGGUGUAUUCUAAAGGGCAGUCUCCAACUUUCUUCCUACGAAUUGUGAACUAACCCCUCCUAGUAAUCUAAAUCUAGUGAUGUGAGCCCUCUGCAAACCUCUAUUUGAACCUUUUACAGGAGUAUAAAUUAAAAAUGUUAACCUGGAAGAUGGUGUAUUCCUGAUUACUAUUACAUCAGCUAAGCAUCUAUGGGAACUUCAAGCUCUUUCUGCUCAUCCUCCUUAUCUUACGUUCCAUGUAGAUAAGGAGGUGGUAAAGCCCAGGACAUACUUGAAAACGAGAGAAAUCUCAAUGUAUCUUUCCUGGUAAAAUAUUUUAUAAAUAAAUAAUAAAUAAAAAGCUACACCCUUCCUUUCUUCCUCAGCUGGCCUCAGUGAACCACAUUAAUCAAGAAAUAAUCUUGCCUACUGUCAGCUGUUGUGUACUCACCUUGGUGGUCCGCCGGUCAAAUGUUCCUAUGAUCCAGCGGACCGUCGCUCCCAUGCUGCCUGCUGUCUCAGACAGCCUCCCGGACGCUGUAGGCCCGCCACCUUUUAUGACACAGCGCACACAAGAUGACGUCAAAACACUAGACUUCAACAUACACUCCCAUUUUAGGGUGGGCGCCAAACCAUGCCCCCAAACAUAUAAAACCUACUUUUUCCAAAGGCACAGUGCCAGUGUUGUGGUUCCUAGUUUUACUAGUGUCCCAAGUGUCCGCGUUCUUUUGUCAGUUUUGUGUAUUUUGGUAUUGACCCGGCUUGCUCUCGACUACUGUUUUCUCCACUGACUCUUCUUUGUCUCUGGUAAUUGUGUAUUUCUGGCUUUCCUUGACCUUGGCUUGUUCUGACGUUUUUUGUCCUCUACCAGGGUCACAAAAGCGAAUUAAUGGCCUUCAAAGUAUCCUUGACCAGGUGGAUCAGAGAAGCUAUAUCCCUGGCUUACAAAUAAUUUGGAUUGUCUCUUCCACUUCAUAUUAAAGCCUUGGAAGAUACUGUAAUUGGCUGCAAGGUGCUUCAAGCUGUUGUAAAGUGAAGUUUAUCCUGCCUUAAAGAUUACUUGUUCGUCCUUAUAGUUGCACUGUCUCUAAUCUGGAGGGAAAGACAGAUUUUUUUUUAUUUUUUUUAACCCGUAAAUGUAUUUUUCUUACAGAUUUGACAGUGUACAUCUAAUUCCCUCCCGUGUUUAGUUUAAUAAAAUAUUUUUUUUGCUUGAGUUUGGCUUGUGUACUUUCUGGGGGCCAUAAUGGUGCCUUUUAUCGUAAGAAGGUAGAGGAUGAAGAGGGGCUUAAUCUUUAAGUUGUUUUUAGUCUGCCUGUCUAUUUUAAUGAAAGAGAAGGGGAUAUCCCCAUUGUUGCGCUACUUCUAAUCUUAAGGAAUAUUAAAUUUACAGUAAGUAAAAAUGUUGUAAUUUCACAUGUGGGCUGCAAGGGGUUUGUUAACUGAGCCACUACGCAGGGACUGACUUCUUGCUGUUAUGCCAUAACUGUUGUCUAUAAUCUUGAAGUGUUGGUGGAGUGGGGUUUAAUUGUCAUAAAAUUAUUAUAUAUUUGAAAUCUACAAAGCACUUGUAAAAAAUAAAUAACAGGGUGGGACCUGACUGCCUUGCUGUGUAAAGCUGUUCAUUGGAGCUCCUCUGAACUUUACAUAAAUAUCCUGAUGUAAAGCUCCUAAAUAGCUGAUUUUCAGACCGAGGCAGAGUUGCUUGCCAUGGUAUUGGGCCAUCAGAAACCCAUGUACCACUCCCCUUUGGACCGGUGGAGACAAUCCCGGUCUUCACCAACUUGCUGAAAGCCUUAAUUGAGUACUUGGGCUUGAAUCGUGCUGCUACCUUCUCCAUGAUGCAAAAUGGCAGCACUACCUCGAAGAGCAGACCGGGAGAAACUGAGCAAUUUGCAGUUGCCUCUGGCAUACUGGAAUAGGGAAUAUGCGACGCUGGACCCAUGACUUGAAAGCGCCGGUGGGGUGAGACCCUAGUAGGGUUUGGUCCCUACUGAUCAACCUUGCGGGGCUUCAAACUGAUGCCUAACCCUAUUGAUAGAACUAACUGAAAGUUGGUUCUUCCCGUGUAGCUUGGGAGUUGACUGACCAGCCAUGAUGAAAACUAGUGUUCAUGCCUGCAUAUUUCCAGCCAGAAGGCAGUAUAAGGCUUAGUCAACCAUUAUUUGAUAGCAACUUUUACCUUUUAUGUGGUGAAAUCUCUGAAGGUUAAAUGUUAUACAUGCAGGAAAUUGUUAAUCACUUUAUUUCAGUUGCAAUCGGUGGUCAAAUAAUAGUUACUCAAAUUUUGCUUAUGAUUAAUGCUACUUUCUUUAUUGCUGAUUAUAUCAGUAUUAAAGGGAUACAAACAUGUAUUCCUGACACUUUAGUUCUAAAUGCGUCAUUAAGGUCACCGCCCCCCGCCCUUGACAAUGUUAAAAAGGUGAAAAACUCUUCUUAUUUCCACCUUAUCAUAUCAAUAAAUAAUAUAAAUUACAAAAUAAAUAACAUUAUAUAUAUAAUAUAUACAUAUUAUGUUAUGAAUAGUGCAGAUAACAUUAAAACCUCUUUGUGUAUUGUCAAUGCAGCUAAUAAUUUUAUUUAAAGUUAAGCGUACUAUAAGUUGUCUUCCUACUUCUUAGAGAUUUGCAUUGCAGUGAGUUUGCUUUAAUCUAUCUGCCCCAAAAUGCUUAUUUUGCUUUAGUAUUGUGACAUUCCGUAUUGCCCCUGAAAGCCGUAUUUGUAGUUUUUACUUCUCUUCCAAAGACCGGUAUAGACUGUGAAUAAAAUCUAAAAAUAAAAUUGGAUUAUCACCUUUUUUUUUCUAUUCUAUUUUGAUUAUGCUUUUAUGCUCAUUUUGCAUGUUUUUUAUUUUUUUAAUAUUAAAAAAAAAGGGAAAAAAACUAAAUUUGGUCUCUCGUUGGGAAAACAUGGUACAUUUUUGAAUUGUUUGAGAACAUUAAAUAUGGUGCUUAUUUAGCUACUUGUUUCAUUGUAAAUCUGUUUUUUUUUUACAUUAUUCAUCACUAGUGUGUGUUACCAUUGUAGGGUCACAACAUCCACGUACAUACUAAAGGAGGCAAAGUGAUAUGCCUGGGAACGGUUCAUGGAAAUGUGGAUAUUCAAGCUUCAUCUCACAGUGUAAGCAAGAAAGGAAGAUACCGUCACUUGAGGUCAAUUGUAAUUUUGCUUUCAGCUACUAAGUCUCCAUUAUCCAGGAAAUGUUAUUUGUAGCCUCUAUAUAAUUAUUGAUUGUUUGGACUCGGCUUCAAAAUUGAGUGUUCCAAUUCUUCCUUUAUUAUAAAGGACUCCAGUUGACUCAAAUUCAAUAAUAAAAGCAUGUCAGGUUGCUCAUUGGGCAGUGGGGGGGUAACCCCUAGAACUUAACAUAAAUUUAAAAAAAAUAAAGGACCAAGGGGAGACUCAGAGGGUGAGACAGUUUAACCCUCAAGAGUCUGCCCUCUAAUGUAAGAGGAGCAACCCCAAAAAUAAGGUAGUAUAGGUUAAAAUAUAACUUUUAAUAGGUAUAUUAAAAUCCAGUAAUAACCAAUCCUAAUAGGUUCUAGCUUACAUAAAAAACAGGGACCUGAGCAUAAGUGUUGCAUAUGAAGAAAAGAGGAAAGCAGGGAAAAAGAAAGGGCAGGGUAAAUGAAUGUGACUGCAAUCGGCAGGUAACGGGUUAACAGAGGGAGGUAAGGAAUAGACCCUAACAUGCCUUCGAGGGCACCCCUUAAAAAAAUCUCCUAAUAGAUAGUAGUUUACCAAAACAGCUCCUAAAUACCAAGUAGAUAAAUAAACCCUAAUCCCACAUGUCCACCUGCAACACAAAGUACAAAGAAAUACAGUAAAAAAAAAUAUAAUGAUCAAUCUGGUGUCAAAAUCUUAGCGUGGUUGCUUUGUCCUAAGUAGAAGUAGUAGCUGCAACAUCUACCCUAAUAAUAUGCCUAUCCACGACUAACAAAGUCCCAACGCGCUUUUCACCAAGUGCUGGUUCUUCCAGGGGAAACAAAUCUGAAACUACCGGACGUUUAAAUAUCCCGCCCUUGGCAGGGAUUGGGUGCUGAUUGUAACCAAUCCGUACAAGGGACUGGGAUUGCGUCACUAAAAUCUAAAAGACCUCUCAAUUGCUGAUAAAUUAAUGAAAUGUAGCUAAAAUAAAAUAGUGAAAUAAGUUAUACUAACGCGAUCUCCAAAAAGGAUAGCGAUCAAAAGAAAAAGAAAAAAUGCCCGUGUAUGUUUUCUAAAUAACACAAGGUAGAGAUUAGUCCCUCUGUCGGUAAUAAUUAGCUUAUAUGUGAAUAGACCAUUAUGGGUAUAAAUAGACAAUCAAAAAUAAAAAUGAUGAAGAAAAUAACGUAAAUGAAUGUCAUAUGAAUAUGAUUGCAGUAUAGGAGCAUAAGGUGCUCCUUCAAUAUUGUAUAAUUAUUGAUAUAGUCUGGAGGGUAGAUCGAAAACCCAGAGAGCACAAUAGUAUGAUAAACAUAUACAUCCUGUCAAGAAUCCUCAUUGAAUACAUGGCCAAAUAACACGGGUGUCUGGCAAUAAUGUAUCAAUGGGAAAGUUGUAGUGUCUCCAUAUAGUGGUUACAAAAUUGCACGUAGUACCACCGAGCAAAGUGUGCUAACUAUCAGUUAUUUUACCAUAGGGAGUCCGAUUAGGGUAGUGUGAGGCAAAUAUCAAACUGUCAUAUUAUGUAAAUAUAUUUUAAAGCACUUAAUUCCCACGUAUUAAAACAAUAAAUUUAAGUUACUAUAAGGUCUCCAAUUAGCUAGGAACCAGGAACUGCACUAACUGAAGUAAUAAACGCAAAAAUUCGUCAGGUUAAAUGGUCAUAGUCCGGGGAAUUAGUAGAAAAAAUCCCAGAUCGGGGGAAAUGGGAUGGGGAAGGACAUAGGAGCCCCUAGUGGUUAAAAGAGAGUAAUGCUAAGUGAAGAAAAGGGAUACAUGUGUAUAUUUCAGACCAGUACUGAUUUACCAAUAUCCAUAGUAAGGUAAUUAGCUAGCCAUCAAAAGUGCUUGUUGUUAUUGAGCUGGUAUCGUGCUGGGGUUCUAUGUUAUAAUGUCAAGCAGAGGUUCUAUAGUACUAGGAAUAAAAAUUAGAUGAAUAAAUGAAUAGAUUUUCUUUGAAUGGAUGCUUUCCUCUUUUCUUCAUAUGCAACACUUAUGCUCAGGUCCCUGUUUUUAUGCAAGCUAACACCUAUUAGGAUUGGUUAUUACUGGAUUUUAAUAUACCUAUUAAAAGUUAUAUUUUAACCUAUACUGCCUUAUUUUUUGGGUUGCUCCUCUUACACUAGAGGGCAGACUCUUUAGGGAUAAACUGUCUCACCCUCUGAGUCUCCUUUAUUAUUUUUAUUAUUUUUUAUUUUAACUCCAGUUGACUCUUUCAACUUUAGGCUUUGAUUUAGUGGUUAUGUUGCUUGGGGUAGUCCUUAUAAAUACAUGAGAUUAUGAAAUAAUGAAUUAUCUGUUCACAUUGACUUACCUGUAUUAGGCCUUUAUUUUUCUUCCCACAGCAACUGUCUAGGCCAACAACAAAAAAUUCAAUAAAAUGUGAAUUGUCAGGAUAGUGAGCAUGAAUUUCAAAGUUUAGGCUAAAAUAACUGAAUUGAAAACACAGCUGAUCAGGAGAAUUUUUCCACUUUAAAAUUUUGGCAUAUGGACUGAUCGCAUUUGACAGGUCUAAAAUUGUGAGAGGGAACAGGAGGGUAGGUCCAACUUUGUUUUCCUGGCACUAUAGUUUCCCUUUAAUUUCAUGUGACAUAUACAUAGAUAAAUUCUCAUUUAUAAUGGGGAAAAAAACUAAACUAUUUUAUAAAAUGUCUUUGUCAAUAAGAAUUAAUGUACAUAAUUAGUGCAGCUUAAGAAUAGCAAUACAACAAUUUAUAUAGUUGUCAUGAUUUACAGAGUAUAUUAUAAGUCUAAGAUUUUGGUUUAUUUUUGGUAGUUACAGCAGGGAUGUGUCUACCGCGAGGCAAACAAGGCAUUUGCCUUGGGCAGCAAUUUCCAGGGGGCGGAACAAAACACUGCUCCCAAAUUCUCAGGCAGAUACCUUGUUUGUUUUUAUGGGAGCCCAAGUGCUGGCCGGCUGGCCACCUUUGGGCUCCCCCGAGGCAGACGGGCGGUUGUUUCCUGGACGGGCAUUUCCCGGAAGGGCAGCCACACUAAGCUGUCAGCAAGGGAGCACUUUCCUCUGAGCUCUCUCUGCUCAGCUCCCUUGUGCCACCCACAGUAAUGCUGGGAGCUGGAAUAUGACGUCAUAUUCCGGCUCCCGGCAUCACUCUGCGGCGCGCGAGAGAGCUGAGCAGAGAGAGCCCAGGGGAAAGUGCUCCCUCGCUGACGGCUUAGUGUGGCUGCACGCCCGCCCGGGAAACAACCGCCCGCCUGCACAUCCGGCCGCCUCCCUGCCCAGCAGCCCCACUGGACCCCAGGUGAAAAAUCCACCCAGCUAUCCCAAAAGUAGGGAGGCUGGGUGGAUAUCAAUUUAAAAAAAAAAAUAAUAAUAAUAAUUGUGAGUGGGGGAAGUGUGUGUGUGUGUGUUUCGGUCAGUCAGUGUGUAUGUGUUGGUCAGUCAGUGCGUGCGUUUGUCAGUGUGUGUCCGAGUAAUAGUGUAUGUCUGUCUAUCAGUGUCAAAUUAGUGAGUGUAUGUCAUUGUUUGAUAGUGUAAAUGAGAGUGUGUGUCUGUCAGUGAGUGUAUGCAUUUAUCAGUGAGAGUGUGCGUCUGUAAGUGAGUGAGCGCCUGUCAGUCAAAGUGUGGCCUUGACAGGAAGGGGUGGGGAAAAUUUAAAUUAGGGCGGUGCCCGAGCACCAUCCUGCCUAGGGCAGCACAAAUCCUAAAUACACCACUGAGUUACAGGUCACAAAAUACAAGGAGUAAAAUAAAAUAUACAUUUGGGGUGAUUUUAGAAUUUAUAUGUUUUGUCUUUUUAAGCGUAAUAGCUGUCACAGAGAACUAAUUGCUACACAAAUAUAUAUAUAUAUAUAUUUAUAUAAGGCAGACAUCACAGGCUAUUUACAAAAGGGUAUUCUGACACUUUGUACGUAGGCAUUUAACAGACAAACUGCUAAAUAUUGUUGUUUCUGAUUUUUAACAUACCUUUUUUGUGUGUGUGUGUGUGUGUGUGUGUGUAUUUUUUAAACCUGGUCAGUACUACUUCUGUAGUAAACACCAUGUUGUGUUCAUCUAUACCGUCUGAGUACAACUAUACCCCCAAUGACUAACUUUGGCACUAUCCUGUGAUGUUACAGUGCCUUAUAAGAGACCUGACCAUUUCAGUUUUUACAAUUAGAACUUGGGAGAUCGAUUUGAUUGGCUUAUGGAAUAGACACUCCUGGGUAUCUUAUAUGGUGUAUAUAGUGGAUAUAUAUAUUUUUUUUAAUUACAUUUUUGCUGCCCAUUUUUCAAUUCUGAUAUGUGUCAUUGUGAUCAAACUCUCCAAAUUACGCUCAUAAAACAAUUUAAAAAAAUAAAUCUUUAUUUUUGUUGUGCACGAAAUUUACAAUGGUUCUUGUAUCUCCACAACAGCAGUUACAAGCGCGUCAAAGCACAUAACAUUACAAGUAGCAUAAAAUACACAGAUGCUGUCUAAAAUAUUACGUCUUGUGGCAAUAUGUUGGCACAACACUUUUUUGUAAUUAAGGGAAACUAAGUCUUGGCAUGACAAUUCCUAUCAGGCUUUCAGAUUUAUGGGAACCAAGGUUUAUAUCAAACAUUUUGCCUGUGAGGCAGCUAUAACAUGGCAGGCUGAAUUUAAGAUUAGGUAAAUUCAGGCUAGACCGGCAUGACACUUGCAAGUAAAUGAAAACACCUAGACAUAGGGAUAAGAUUGUAAUGCUGCAUAACAUGUUAAACUGGCAAGUAGUUGUUACCCAGCUACUCAUCUAGAAUGAAGCAUAGGCUAGGGUACAUUAUAGGUUGCUCAGGGAUUGAUUAAAAUGUAAACUGAAAUUUGUAUAACAUAGUACCCCAUGUGCAUCCAAGCUUUUUUAUGUGGUUAACCCUACCCCUACGCUCGUCAUUAGAGUCCCACAGCUUGACCAAGUCCCAUCUAUUUGCUGUUUGCCACGCCGCUGUCCCCAGGCCUCCAACAGACCCGAAGUGUGUUUCCCACUGCUCUGGUUAAACCAGGUACUGUAGGCAAUGACCCGCCUCUCCGGGGGUGUGGGACAGGCACCGGGGUUAUUCCCCUCAAGGCCCCCAGGCCUGAGAGUGCAGCAGCAUGUGCCUGACAGCCCGAGAUGAAGUUUUGCAGUGGGUGGUCUGGACAUCCUCCCCUGGGAUUUCUCAUGCCUGUGCGUGUGGGCUUUUCUCACGGAUCUAUGCCUCGCAUGAGGACGGUCAUCUGCUGAGGUGCUCUGACUCUGCGGCCCAAACGAACGUGGUAUGGAAAGCAGGCUCUCAUUGUCGGUCCGCGGUGCUUGCUUCGUUGUAUCCCACAGCUUGUAGGGCUGUCGGCGGCCAUCCUCCCCUAGUCAACACCGCUUUUGGAGUGUGUAACACCCGCUAUCGAGGGCACCAGUUCGUACUGCGGACAGGUGCUUCCGCCUGUCGAGCAGGGUGUUUGCUCUGUUAGGUGUAAAGCACAACCCGAUGUCAGAAGUGAGUUCAUUGCUUGUACCAGGAAAUCCCUCACCGGCAAGGGGUGUGUACCAGGUGAUCAGUGGUUGUUGCAGGCUCCGGUUUGAGGGAACAGUAGGCACAGAGAUCGGCCGCCUCUCUUGCGCCCACGCCGCCACCACCACCUGGGCCGCAAAGUAGUCCAGCCGCCACAACUGACUCUCUACUUUCUGUGGUUCCUAGUUUUGUGCUCCCAUGGGAGCGCUGAGGCUUUUGGCAAGUGAUAAGCCCGGGCAGCUCCCCAGAUUUACAUGAUUAAAGGCUUAAAGUCCGGGUUGAUGGUGGUCAGGCUCCGCCCCUGCUCAUGAAACUUCUAUGAAUAAAUCAAUGACCCCAAUGUAUGUCUUUGUCACUAUCUUGAGAAGCUACUGUGCCAUAUAAGAGUCGUGGCCAUUUCAUGUUUUACAGUUCGUUUUAAUAAAUGAAUUUGAUGGGUCUAUAUCUAAUUUUGAGGCAUUAUAGCAGUUUGACAGUUAAAAUUGCCUCAUAAAUGCAUACCAAUUGUGAAAGUAGGCGGAGUCUGUCUUAUGGUGUAUUUUGAACGUUAUUAUACAGUAAUUUUAUCACCAAUUUCUUUCAAAUUUUAUUGUUGCAUUUUUAUAUACACACUUUAGCAGUUUGUUUUUGUAACUCGACAUAUUCUAGUGUAAUAAAAUCAUUAAAUUAUGCUCGGCUGUAUUUCCUGAGCACAGGUACUGAGAUUAUACCCUGCCAGUACGUUGUUGUUGUUGUUGUUGUUGUUGUUUUUUGUUUGUUUUUUUUUGAGGAGAAAAAAAGUGUAAUUGAAAAUGGAUCUUUGGGGCAUUUUAACACAUAAUUACUUCAUAAAUGCAUGUCUUUUGUAAAAGUGGACACCGUUGGGACUCUCACAUAAUCUAUUUUGAGCUUUAUUGAGGUGCAACAUCUCCUGAAUACAACACUAUCCAAUAUGUAUGUCUUUUGAAGGUAAUAAUCUCAAUCUAAAUCCCUAAUUUUAAACCAAGCCCGAAUUGUAUAUCAAUUCCUAAUCCCAAAUCUAACCCUAAUGAUGUGUGUAAUUUCCCUUAUGUUACCUGAGAAGGAGGAAAAAACUACAACCAAACCCCCGCCCCACAGCUUUACAACAAAACGCAGGUAUGGCAGCCUCUAGUAGCGCAAAAACAGAAGAGCAUCACAAUGAAUGACUCAUAUUCAAUAAUACAUAGCAGGCAUAAAAUGAGUUCCACAGCAGUAGGUCAUUCUAAUCACAAAUAACCUUCAAGGAGGUAUCAAUGGAAGGGAAGCCUUGCAGAGGAGCCAUCCAGUAUAGAUCAGCCAGCCCAAGGUCACAGCCAAAGAGACGUCCGCUUUCAAGGGUCAGCGAAGCCAACUCUGGUGGUGCAGAUCCAAUUAAACCCUGCAUCUGGCACACUCAGUGUGUAGAGGACCUGUGGGAAAGAAGAUAUAAAUAAAACUCUAACCCCCUGCCCCCGCCUCAUCCCUCAUCUUAUUUCCCUCCCCCCAACCUUGUCCUUAUUGCUACGAAAAUAUAUAUAGAAGUGAAUGAUUCCCUUUCAAUAAUACAUGGUAUUAUUAUAUUAUCAAACAGAUGUGAAAUGGUUUGUAUAUUAGUGUGUCCUACCAUGGUAAUUUUAAUUAAAAAAGGAGUCAUUUUCAUAAACACUGGUGGUACCAUUCUCUUGGCCCAGUAUAUGUAUGGGAAGUAGAGACUGGAGUAUUUCAGAAAUAUUUCCUCCUGAAGGACUCAGAUUAAUGGGUUUAGCCUGCGCUUCAAAUUGUCUAAAUUAUUAAUUAUUUUUUUUUUUUUUAUAUAGCGCCAGCAAAUUAAUUUAUCCAUGUAAUGAGUUGGGACAGGAAUGUACCUUGUGCCAUUGAAGUAUCUCAUAGGUCUUUCACUACAGUCUGCUGUUCCAUAAGUAUUUAGGGAUAAUUUAUCACUGACUAUUGCCAUUGCCAUGACAAUCUGAAUAGCUAAGCGGCCAUUUACUUUGGCUGCAGGACAUGUUCCCCAGGUCCAAAUAAUUUGGUGUGUCCAGGAUGCUAAUUGCACCAUGGAUGAUAUACCUGCCUCCUAAGUAGUGUUUCAUGCCAGCUCUCAUGCAUGUCAAAAUGACAGGCGGUCUAGCAGGUCUGUCCAUACACUGUGCUCUCCUAUAGCAUUUGAGUACAUGUUUACAUGCUCAAAAAUUUAAUCUAAGCAGUGCACUUUCAUUUAGUCUACCUCACACUGGGUAACUGUACAGUAAUGGUUUGAGGAACAUUGUGAAGAUUUCAAGGUGUCGCCUUGCCCUCCAAAUUCUACAGAUCUCAGUCUGACUUAGCAUUUUUUGUAUGUGCUGAAACAACAAAUUCGAUCCAUGGAGGCCCAACCUCGCAACUUGUAGGAUUUAAAGGAUCUGCUGCUAAUGUCUUGGUGCCAGAUACCACAGGACACGCUCAGAGAUCUUAUGGAGUCCAUGCAUCACAGAUAUUGUGGCAGCACGAAGGGGACCUACACAAUAUUAGGCAGGUGGUUUAAACCCCUUAAGGACGCAUGACGGAAAAUUUCCAUCAUGCAGCAUUUUACCAGCAGGGUCUAUUACCUUGCUGGUAACUAUGAGCCCCAUGUAUCAUUUGAUUCCUGGGGCUACCCUCUCUCACCUGGGGCCAGAAUUAGUGGCCCCAGACUGACCGUUGCUCUGUUUGCAGAGCUCAAAGUGAGCGCUGCAAAAAAGCAUUUAAAUGGGGAUUUAAAUCCCCACUAUUACAAUUUGGUGUGAUCAGGGUUAAAUCCCUGCUCACAGGGGAGUUCCAGGUAUCAAUGGAAACCUCUAUCAGCUGGCUGGGGACGUUUUUAGUGACCCCAGCCUUUUUGAUGAGCUACAUGUAGUGCUGGAAGUCAGCGCGGCAUGUAUCUGCUUAAAUAGGCAUUUAAAUGCCUAUAUCUAGAUUGUGGUGUAAGCAGGGUUAAAUCCCUGCUCACACCAGGAAACCCAUGUAUCAUUAGAAACUGGGGUCUCCCCUCUGUCAGCUGGGGUCAUUUUUAAUCUCCCCAGACUGACAGCUGAGCUGCAUGCAGAGCUCAAAGUGAGAUCGGCAUGCAGCUGUUUAAAUGGGGAUUCAAAUCCCCAUAGAGCACAAUGCAGUGUGAGCAGGGUUAAAUCACUGCUUACAAUAGGAAACCCAGGUAUCAUUAGAAACCUGGGGGUCCCCUCUGUCAGCUGGGGCCAUUUUUACUGGCCCAAGACAGACAGCUGAGCUGCAUGCAGAGCUCAAAGUGAGAUCGGAAUGCAGCUGUUUAAAUGGGGAUUUAAAUCCCCACAGACAGCAAUGCAGUGUGAGCAGGGUUAAAUCCCUGCUCACACUAGGAACCCAGGUAUCAUUAGAAACCUCUGUCAGCUGGGGUCAUUUUUAGUGGCCCAAGGUUUUUUGAUGAGCUACAUGUAGAGCUCAAAGUGAGGUCGGCAAGCAGCUCUUUUAAUGGGGAUUUAAAUCCCCAUAGACCGCAAUGUAGUGUGAGCAGGGUUAAAUCUCUGCUCACACCAGGAAACCUAGGUAUCAAUAGAUAGCUGGGGCUUCCCUCUGUCAGUAAUAUCAGUACUGAUAUUAGAAGUGGAAACUUUUGGGAUUAAGAUUACAAUUAAGGAUUAUUAUUUGGUUUAGAAUACGUACUAGAUUUAUUAUUAAGUUUAUGUUUAAGACUAGGUUUAUAAUUAAUUGUAGUAUUGGGAUUAUGUUUCAGAUUAUGGUUCAGAUUAGGAUUAGGGUCAGCACGGGCAUCCCUUGCUGAAUAUAGCAAGGGAAUUCCUCUGCUGACACCAGCAGGGGGAAUCAUUUUAACACUAUUGAGAUUAGGAUUAAGGUUAUAAUUAGGGUUACACAUGGGAUUACUUUAUGGGUUAGGAUUGUGGUAAGGGUUUAUUAUUAGAUUAAGGGUUAGAUUUGGGAUUAGGAUUUGGUUUAGAAUUAGGGCUUGGUUUAGGAUUACGGAUUUAGAUUGGGAUUAAGAUCGCUACUUUCCAAAGAUAUACAUAUGGGGUAUAUUUGUACUGAGAAGAUGUUGCUGAGUACAGCUAAGAUAAUUUUAUCACAGUGGGACACACAAGAUUUAAAAAAUAAGCAUAAAAAAUACUAUGUCUAUGUAAAAAUGCAAAAAUAAAAAUGAAUACCACAAACUUUGAAACAAAAUGUCACUUCAGUAAAGCUUUUAAUAUUUUAUGUGAGAGUCCCCAUGGUGUCCACUUCUGUAAAUGGUAUGCAUUGGUGGCGUAAUUUAAAUAUAUAAGCGACUAAAAUGCCCCAAAAUGAAACAAUGACCCAGGUAUGAUUUUAGCUCUGUAUUUUUUUCACAAAAACCUGGCUAAGGUGUACAAAGGGGGUCAUUUUGUACUCAGGAAAUAUAGCUGAGAAUAAUUUAGUGAUUUAAUUUACAGUAACGUAUAUCAAGUUUCCAAAAUGAACCACUAAAAUACAACAUGUGUGUAUAAAAAUGCAAAAAUAAAACAAUAUGAUAAAAUUUGAAAGAAAUUGGUGCUAACAUAACUGUAUAAUAAAGCUCAAAAUAUACCAUAUGACCUAGCCCGUGGUGUCUACUUUCACAAAUGGUAUGCAUUUAUGGGGUAAUUUUAACUGUCAAACUGCUACAAUGCCCUAAAAUGUGAUAUAGACACAUCAAAUCCAUUUAUCAAGAUUCUAAUUGUAAAAACUGUAAUGUCAGGACUCUUUUAAGGCACUGUAGCUUCACAGGAUAGUGGCAACGACAUACAUUGGGGGUAUAGUGUUAUUCAGAAGAGUUUGCUGAGCAAAAUUAUGGGGUUUUGAUCACAGUGGCACAUACCAGACUUGAAAAAUUACCCCAAAAAUAUAACGUGUAUGUAAAAAAUGCAAAAAUUAUUUUACCACAAAGUUUGACAUAAACUUGUGAAAAAAUGUCAUCACGUUAAGGCACAAUAUACACCAUAUGAGAUACACUGUGGUGUCUACUUUCAACAAUGGUAGGUCCUUGGGGGAUAAAUUCAACAGUUAAACUGCUACAAUGCCCCAAAAUGAGACUUGCACCCAUCAAAUUCAUCUAUCAAAAUGAUCACUGUGAAAACUGUCAAAAAAAUGCCAUGAGAGCCCAGGUGGAAUAAAGAAAGAAAAAGUGGAAACUCAAUUCAGAGUAAUAGCAUCGGCUAAUAUCCGCUCGCGUUUCGGUGUUUCAGUACGCCUUUGUCAAGAGCUGCCUUUUAGAGGCUUAUAUUACUUACUCACCUGAACCUUACAUUUAGUAAUGUGACUUUUUAGGACUAGCCUGCCCAGGUUUUUAUAGGUGUUGGUGUUCACUUUACCACUGUUUAUACACAUUUGUUUGGUGUAUAUAGUACAAUUAUUAUUACUAUGUUUUUAGCAUUUUUCUAAUAAAGGUUUUUUACCCUAUCUAUGUGACUCUUUAUAUUAGGAGGUAUUACUGAAUGGGUUGGAUGUUCCACCUACUUUUUGUGAGUGGAUUCUCUACCCAAUUUUCUCUGUUCUCAUUAUUGUAAUUUUCUGGGGUUAAGCCCCUUAUACCUCCUGUAACCUCUGGGGCAGUGGUGGUGGUUUAUUCCACUCCACAACCCCUUCUCUCUUUUUUCCUGUGCUUUAUAUAAAUAUAUACUUUUGUGCAGCAAUUUUGCUUUCUGUGAUGGCUAUUAAGCUUACAAGACAAACAUACCAAAGUCUAAAAUAGCUCCACAUUAAAAUUUUAUUUUUCUCCUUGUAUUUUGUGACCUGUAACUUGCAAAAUAAGCUGAAAUCCUAGACAUAUUAUGUGCUCUGUAAAUCAGAACAACUAAUUGAAUAUUUUUUAAAUUAUUUCCUUAAGCUGCACUUAUUAAACACACGUUAUUAUUGCCUAAACUGUGAAAAAAAACAAUUUUAACAUUUUUUUUUUUUUUUUGCAUUUUGGAUUUUUUUUUUUAUAAUAAAAAUUUAUAUAUGUAUAUGUCACAUGAGAUUAAAGCACUUUCUGUCCUUCAAAACACAAUAUAUAACAUGUGUUGGUGCAAUAAAUAAGAAAAAUGCAAACUGAGGUUGAACACAAACAGCAAAAAAUGCAAAAAAAGCUUGUGUCUUUAAGGGUAAGUCCAGUUUUUGAAGCUGCGUCCUUAAGGGGUUAAUGUUGCGGCUGAUCAGUGUUUUCUAAAUAAGCCUGAUGGUAAGGACCUGCUUCUCCCCCCCUCCCCCCAAAGUAUGUUCAAAUGAUGUAGGACAAAAAGUGCAAAAACUACCCUAAAACCCAGAAUCACAUGGCUGGUAUCUGACCAAAUGCUUGUAUGCUCCCUAGGUGCAGAGGAAAAAUGUUUUUUUCUCUGGUUAAAUGUGUAGUCCCAUCAACAAGACUGUGAGGAAUCUGUCCAACAUACUUGUUUGAAUGUCUGUGACAAAAAAAAAAAAAAGUUUGACAGGCACCAGGAACUUUUUUUUCAUAAGGUUGCAUCCCCUAAACUAGAAAAUGAAUCUUUAAAACUGCUUGCUCAUUAAGUACACAUAUGCAAUAUUACAAUAUCCCCACAUGAUGGAGCAUUUACAACAUUUUAUAUCUAAAUUGUUUUAUUGCACUGUGAUGAUUGCAGGAUGCUGGGGAGAGAGAGAGAAAACAUAACUGUAAAGAAAAAGGGAGAGCAUGGGUUAUUGUGGUUAGGGAUGGACGAGGGAAGACUGCGGAAAGGCAAGGAUAGAAAGAGACAGCAUAGCUGACAGGAGACUGUUAAAGGAAUACCACAUUUAACAUACAAUUUAACAACACAAAUAUCUGAAAGGUCUGCUUAUAAUCCUUCUGCCUUCUAAAAGUGCUAUUGUCUUAAAGGACCACUAUAGUGCCAGGAAAACAUACUCGUUUUCCUGGCACUAAAGUGCCCUGAGGGUGCCCCCACCCUCAGGGACCCCCUCCCACCGGGCUCUGGGGAGAGGAAAUGGAUUAAAACUUACCUUUCUCCAGCGCCAGGCGGGGAGCUCUCCACCUCCGACCCUCCUCCUCUCCUCCCUUUCAGCUGAAUGCACACUUUCCUAUGGAUGCUUGCGUGUUCUCACUGUGAUUUUCACAGUGAGAAUCACGCAAGCGCCUCUAGCGGCUGUCAAUGAGACAGCCACUAGAGGAUUUGAGGGCUGGAUUAACCCAUUUAUAAACAUAGCCGUUUCUAUGAAUAUAAAUAUAUACUUUUGUGCAGCAAUUUUGCUUUCUAUGAAACUGCUAUGUUUAUAAAACAAUGGGUUAACCCUAGUUGGACCUGGCACCCAGACCACUUCAUUAAGCUGAAGUGGUCUGGGUGCCUAGAGUGGUCCUUUAAGGUGUUUUUGUUUUCAGACGAAAGCACCAAUCCACGUCCCAUGUGCAUUGACUGUUCAUGGGACAGAAAAUAAUGUUUUACUGUAAGAAUGAAAUGGGUUUACUGUUAAUUUCCUGGCUAUAAAAUAUAGAAAUCUUGAUAAGGUUUCAGAAAAAAACCUCAACUGAGCGUUUCCUUUUGUAAUUGUAUGCCCCUUGCACUGGAAAAUCUAAGAAUGGGGUUAAUCUAUAAGGUGAAUGCUUUUUACAAGUCUCCACUUCAUUGUCAGAUGUAUACUUUUUUUUUUAAAAUGUAAUUAAUGUUGAAAUUAAGGGUAUCAUGCUACUUAAUAAACACAUUUAUUAAAUUCUUUUAAUAGAAAAAAAAUAUAUAUAAAAUUCAGAAUAUUUCACACACCUAAGUAACUAAACAUUCACACAAACAUACAGUACUUGCCAGCAUACAUGACUGGCCACUGCCACAAACACACGCGUGUGUAUAGUGUGUGUGUGUGUGUAUAUGUUGUGUGUGUGUGUGUGUGUGUGUAUGUGUAUAUAUAUAUAUAUAUAUAUAUAUAUAUAUAUAUAUAUAUAUAUAUAUAUAUAUAUAUAUAUAUAUAUGAUAUAAUAUAUAUUAUAUUUUAUAAUAUUCUCCUCCUUACCACAUGUAUAGGAGAUGUAUAGCACCAAAGUUUGCUAUGUCUGGUCUCUAGUGGUGGAUGAGGGAAAAGCGAGGGAAGGUCUUGGAACCUCUUCCUGCAGAAGUGUUGCUACCUAUUGGCAGAGCUUACUAAAAUACCCCUAGGCCUAACAGCAAUAUGAUUGGAAAUUUGGCUGAAUGUUAACCUAUGACUGCCCAGUACCUGUAAUGCAGUUAUGGGUUUGGAGUGGGCACUAGGUAAGUCCGAGGUGAAGGUUUGCUAGCAUGGGUAAGGUAAGGAAUCUGCUUAAAUAAAAAAAAUAAAAAAACACUGAUGAAAAGAUGCACUGAGAUCCUGCAAACACCAUCACCCAGUAGCCAACAACCAACACUUACCCAUACAUAUAAGGUGCGCUGUGCCUUAAAAAAAUAUAAUCAGUGUUUAUGAUUUGCACAAUAUAAAAUACUAUCAAACAGCAAUACUUAAUGUGUUUUAAAUAUAUUAAACAUAAAUUGUACACUGUUACUUUAAAGGACCACGCUAGGCACCCAGACCACUUCAGCUUAAUGAAGUGGUCUGGGUGCCAGGUCCAGAUAGGGUUAACCCAUUUUUUCAUAAACAUAGCAGUUUCAGAGAAACUGCUGUGUUUAUGAAUGGGUUAAGCCUUCCCCUAUUUCCUCUAGAAAGUAUUUUCACAGUGAGAGCACGCCAGCGUCCAUAGGCAAGCAUUAUGAAUGCUUUCCUAUGUGACCGGCUGAAUGCGCGCGCAGCCAGCCCAGGAGGAGGAGAGAAGGAGGAUUGGAGGAGGAGAGCUCCCCGCCCAGCGCUGGAAAAAGGUAAGAUUAAACCCCUUUCCCCUUUCCAGAGCCGGGCGGGAGGGGGUCCCUGAGGGUGGGGGCACCCUCAGGGCACUAUAGUGCCAGGAAAACGAGUAUGUUUUCCUGGCACUAUAGUGGUCCUUUAAGACACAAUAUAAGUGUUUGUGUGCAUACCAACAAUAGUAGACUUGUGGACUUGAUAUCUGGUGGAAUGUGUGGUGGAGAAUAGGCUCUAGGUCCAGUUUAGUACUGUGAUUGGGUGGAAUAAGGAGUUUGGUUUUCAUUGCUGCCCAUCAGUUGUUUGGUGAAUCUGGAUAUGACACCCAUAUUUACAAGAGUGCUAUUACACUAUAUAUUUUUCUCUUUCUAUCCAAUUAAAUGUGAUUAUGUGGAGCCAUCAUUAAUCAAAAUAUAUAAAAUACAGUGUAGGAAUAAAGUGCUAUUAAUACAGUGUGUGUAAGUACUAUCACCAGUGCUUAGUCACUUUAAAUAAACACAUUUAAACAGUAAAACAAAUAACACAAUAGGUGACCGCGAACAUCACACCGUGGAUACUACCACUUUAAAAUCUUGAGAGUAGUAGGUAAUUCCACUUACAGUCUCUAAUAUAAGCAUAAAACAUAGCCAAUGGUAUGGUAUUUACAGUUAAAAUAUGUAAUGGAUAAAACCAAAUCGGCCAAACUCACAUUACUGAGCCUAUUGAUUAGCAGGCUCAGACUGUCUGCGUUCUUUACAGAUAUUUAGAUUAACCUCUGGAUCUCUGCUCCCAGCAAAAGGUUUUCUCCAAAUCCUUUUCGACUAAUGUUGUAAUUUUGGUCCAGACAGGGUCAAGUUUAAAACUUUAAAGAUCCCAAAGCUACUAUACAUACAGCACGUGUCAGAAACUGAAAGACGCCACCCUGCCCAAGAAGCGGCUUUUAAUUGUCUCUGGAGCAUAUCGUUACCCUACUACAAAAAAGUGUCAGUUUUUAGUUUGGUGCGGCCACAAACGAUUAUGUUGUCUUAAAAUCACCGUGCACUUUAUAUGUCUAAUAUUUAAAAUCACUUUGUUUUUAGUGUUGCGCGUAUUUUAUAUUGUGUUAAUCACAAACCGUGAAUAUUAUGGUUUUAAAAGCACAGCGAAUUUUAUAUCUAUGGUAUUUGUUUUAGGGUGUUUUUAAGAUAUUGCACUUAAAGGCACACUCCAGGCACCCAGACCACUUCUGCCCAUUGGAGUGGUCUGGGUGCCAACUCCCACCAUCCUUAACCCUGCAAGUUUAAUUAUUGCAGUUUUUAUAAACUGCAAUAAUUACCUUGCAGGGUUAACUCCUCCUCUAGUGGCUGUUUAUCAGACAGCCACUAGAGGGACUUCCGGGUUCUUAAAACCGAAAAGUGUUUUAAACGACGCUGGAUGUCCUCACGCUAUGCAUGAGAACCCACAGCGUGGCUGGAAUCCCCAUAGGAAAGCAUUGAAUAAUGCUUUCUUAUGGGGAGGUCUUAUGCGCGCAUGUGGCCAUUGCCGCGCAUGCGCAUUGUCUCCCCAUGCCGGCUGACGUCGGCAAGGGAGGAGCGUGGGAGGAGCCUGACCCAGCGCCGAGAGACCUCGGCAAUGGAUUCAGGUAAAUGACUGAUGGGGUUUCAAUCCCUUCAGCAACAUGAGAUGGGGGUGGGAGCGAGAGGGGCACUGCAGGAAUCUGCUGUGCCAGGAAAACGGAUAUGUUUUCCUGGCACUGGAGAGUCCCUUUAAUACUGUUGCUGCUAAAAAUAUAUCUGUUGUUUUCUGUUUAUGAAAAAGUUAGUUAAAAUAUUAUUUAGCAUUUACUUUAUUGAUAUACAGUAUUAUUGUUUUAGAACAAACACUUGUCAAAUCAACUUAUUGAUGUUUCUCCUGUUAUGCAAGCAUAAGUCUAACCUUUAGUUAUCAGUGUGCAUGAAUAUGUGUAUCGUGUUGCUGGGAUUUAAUCAGUGUCCUGAAGUAGUCAUUAUGUGCAGCUAUUCAAUUUGAAAUACUGCACAUACUGAGAUAUUUAAUGUUGCUGCUGGAGGUGUUUUCUUCCUUUGGUAGCUUUCACCAGCCAACCUGGAAUGAGAGUUCUUGUGCUUAUUCUAUGCCCAGAAUUUGAUUCAUUGGCCGUGAGCGCUCAGGUGAAAAACUCAGCUAAUGAUUGGAUGUCAUUUUGCUGUUAUUUACUGCAGCUCCACAACCAACAAGACCCACGGUGGUGGCAAACCAUGUUGGUUAUAGACACAUGCUGGUCUAGUCACAUUCCAGUUUUUUAAGCUAGGCUAGGUCAUAUGUUGCACAGUAAGCUUGGCGAAGUCUCUGCGCAUUUUGAGACAGCCAGUAGAUGACUGGAUAUUGAGUUGUCUUUUCCGAUGUAGUAUAAAAACCCAAAUGGUAGGUUUGCUAAUAUAAUGGAUCAUCGAAUGCCGUAGGAUUACGGUAUUUGUUUUUAUUGAGGAAGCAGAUUAUAUUUCUUUGUUUACCCAAGUGGUUAAUUUCAAGCACAGUUUGAGUAUUGUGCUUGAGGUUAUAUUUCCUUUUUUUUUAAAAAAUUUUUUAUUUGACAGCGUUUAUUAGCGUUUGAACUUUUUUAUUUUUCCACAUAUGGUCACAAUGAACUGGUUUGCUGAGGAGUGACUCUUCUGUCUGUGUUUGGUAUUCCUUGUCUCUUACAAUGUGCCAAGCCCACAGCACACAGACUUUGAAUAAAAAUGGACCAUUAACAGGAUAGUGAUGAACACUAAAAGUGGCUGCAGGCGCUUUGCAGUUUGCUUAACUUUUAACCCUCCUCUUAAGUGAUGAUGUUUCACUGAUCAAAGCGUUUGCCUAAACUGUGCGGUUAGAGUGUAAAACGCAUGGAAAAGAAAAUUGAGGAGAUUUCAUGAAGAAUUAAACGAAUUAAACUAAAGCAUUCUGCCAAGACUGUCCUCCUAAUUGCGUCCUGUUAUUAAUAGUUUUGAGUUUGUGCUACAGGGCUAAAAAUAGCAAUUAGGAUGGAAAAUAAUUUUCCCACUGGCACGGCCUGGUUGUAAGAAUGUUUUGACAUACAAAAUAAAGUCCAGUCUUUAGAACAUCUAUUUUUUUUCUCUGUAAUCAUUGGUGGAAAACGGACCCUGUGAAGUGUCAAAAGGUUGAAUCCCUUGCAACAAACAUUCUUUGGGGUAAUCAAUGGAAAGUCAAAACUUCAAAAGCUUCUCGGUGCAUUGAAAAUGCCAAGAAGAAUACAUUUUAAAAUAGCCAGGGUUGUUUUUCCAAAGUUAAACAUUAGUUUUUCAGACCCACCCCCUUGUCAAUAAGUUUCAUUCACAUUUAUCCCACAAGAGGAGUAUUUUUGCGUGUACUUUUUUUUAGUAAAGACCAAAAUGACAUAUUCAUGCCAUUAACGUGAUAGACAGUUUUUUUUAUUUUAUUAGAAUACAUAUUAAAACAAUUCUAUAGAACAUUUGCAUGAUACCCCUCCCGGUGUCAGACGUCUCCUUACCUGCAGAAGGAAGGAUCAUUUUCAUUGUGGGCAAUUGCUUGGGGCCCUAGAACUACGAUGUGCCAUUGGGGGCCCACUGAAAACAGCAUGGGAUGUGAGGUUUGCUAUUCCAUUCAGCAUGCAGAGGCAUUAUUUCAGUGGUGUAAACAAAAAACAACACAGGCUGACAUUCCUUUAAUUUAUUGCAAUGAUUUUGAUGGUUUGGCUCUGUCACCAUGGCAAAGAAAUAUUAGUCACAUUUUGAAUUCUUUUUUUUUUCUUCACAAAUCCCAAGAAGAAGCUUGUAUUAAUUAUGCAUUGUGUUGUCAUUGGUAGAAAGUGUAAAAAAAAUAAAAAUAAUAAUAAUAAUUCCAUGCUUAGCAUGCAAAUGAGCAUAAUAUAUAAUAUGGUGUGGUUUUAUUUAUUUUUUUCUCCAAAUAACUUUCCUUUGCUUGCAUAUUUGUCUGCAAUUUUAUUUAUUUUUUUGAUGCAGCAGUUUUCUGUCACUUGUUGAAUAUAGGUAUGAUACACAUCUCUCCAGAAAAUGGGAAAUUAAGGGUUUGGAUAAAAAUAAUUACAUUUUAAUGAUGCUUGAUUGAUUUGUUCAUUGUCUGCAUGCAGUUUCAUAUUUCUGACCUCUCAAACUUGCCGUUUUGUUUUUGCAGACUGUAGAUGUUGAGAAAUUACUGGGAACUUCGGUUAAUAUUUCCACAGAAGGAGGUCAGUUGAAGGCAAAGUAUGUUUACGCCCAGGCUUCCUCAUUGUCCACAACCACAGGAGAUAUUCUACUAGGAGGUGCUCAUGGUAAGAGACAACAACUUAGUGUAUUCUAAAAAUGUACACAGAGAUUAUGUGCUUCAUGGAUUGAAGUGUGAUGUGUAAACCCCAUGGAAAAAUACAAUAUUUCUAUAGCAAGAGUAGCCAAAACAUAGAUCCCUUGUAGACCUAUACUACCAUGAUGCCGUUUCACCAAAGCAUAAUUAGAAUUGUCGUUUGUCUGAGUGCACUAACCUGGAUGUAUUGGAUGGCAAUGGAAAAAAAAAAUGCAUUUUUUAAAAUACAUACAUUUGUGUGGUUUCUACAUCCUAAAUUAUAACUAGGUCGCUCACCUAAAAAAGGCAGAGCUCUUAUACAUCAUGCUCUAGCAGCACUGACUGUUAAUAGGCUAUAUGGCUGGGAGAGUGGCUGUUGUGUCCUGCCCACAAGCAAUGGCAUCUAUUCAAGCCAAUGAUCAAGAAGCAAGAAGGAUUUAUGUUUGUGCUGUUAACCCACCAACACUAGAAUCUUGGGGAGUGGUGUGAGGAAGUGUGAAUGUAAAAGAACAUAUUAAAUAUGUAUGUGUCAGUGAGCGUUUGUGUGUGUGUGAAAGAGAGAAUUUUGUUUAUGAACCUGUGUGUGUGUAUGUUUUGUUUUAGAACCUGUGUGUGUAUGUUUUGUUUUAGAACCUGUGUGUGUGUAUAUUUUGUUUUAGAACCUCUGUGUGUGUGUUUUGUUUAUGAACCUGUGUGUGUGUGUAUGUUUUGUUUUAGAACCUGUGUGUGAAAAUGAUGCACAUAUAGGUACUUGCUCGAUGAUUCUCAGGCACCCUUUAGUGAAAAAGAGAUUGAACCUAUAACAAGGGUAUUUAACAGUGAGGAGGACACAGCUAUAUGGACACAAAAACGAACAACAAAAUCCCACACUCAGGUGUUGGUGACCCUUACCCACCCCUUAUUUUUGUAGCGCUGGAUCUACCAUUUGGCCAUCCGAGUCUGUGAUGGGCAGUUUCUGAAAGGGAGACAGUUGUUUUUGUUUUGUUUUUGUUUAAUUGAUGUUAUGCAUUGAAUGGUAACCAAAUAGACUAUAUCCUAUUUAAAAAUAACUAUAACUAAUGAAGGAACAUUAUGAAGGCUAUUUUGGUUAGGUUUAAUGUUAGGUAAUUUUGUUUAAAACAAACAUAAAUUUGAAUACAGGAGUAUGCAUGUUUGCAAUCUCCCACUGUUAUCAACUUUCCCAUCGACGUGUUCAACAAUUUUGUUGAAUUGCAAAGGUGCUCAGGACUGGAAGAUUGAGGUCUGGUAUUUGAAUCCCAAAGGCUACGAUUAUUGCUAAAUGGUGAGAGGUGGAAUAGAGACAAAUCUAAUAUUGCAUUUACAGUUGGGAAUUUUGCUAAAAAAGUGAAUCAGUGUUAAAGUGUAUACAACCUUCCAUCAAAACCAGCACACUGAAGUUCAAGUAUGUAAAUGUAAUGAGGAUUACAGAUUGUUCAUUUCUAUUGAAAAGCAUGACCUGAAAUCGACCUAAAAUCUGACAUCUGUGUUUUCAGUCAGAUUGCGUAUUUUCUAGCCACUGCGCUUAUUCGAAUUCAUACAUAAUAAAUAAUGCUUCUAUCCCUGGUUUGCUGAAAAUCUCCAGGAUCCACUUAGAUUUCGGAGAGGCAGAGAUUUCUUAGCUAAUCUUUGCUCUCCUGUUGUUUUCAGAGGGAUAAUUGUGCUUAUACUAUAAAAUCCAUGAGCAUAUCUUUGAUAAGGACGUCUUUCUGGAGUGAGGGUGUGUGGCUAUGGAGACAGGCCUAUAGUGCAGAAUUCUGCAAAACAUUUGUUUUUAUUUUAAUGCAAAAACCAUACAAUGUAAAAACAGCAUAUUAAUGAGGCCAAAACCUAUCAAAUAUAUUAAACUUGUAUUGGUGUCAGGAGUACUUCUUUAAUAACCCUCUUUUUAUAAUUGUCUCAACAUUUCUUUUUUAGAUUUAAUUGAUCAUUAUCCCUCUUAGCAACAUAUUGUAAAGUCCUAUAAUGUUAGGAAUUGACAAGUUUUAUUGUUUGUUUUUAAAUAUACAGUGGGACCUCGGUUUACAAACGCCUCGGUUAACAUAAUUUUUGGUUUACAAAUGAAAAUCCAUUGAAAAUAAUGCCUCAGUUUACAAAUUUUUUUUGCAAUACAAAGCAAGUUUCCCCAGGAUGCAUUGCACCUGGGAGGUUUAUAGCACCGCCCCCUGCAUGCUGGAGCCUGGGGGUAGCACGGGGCGUCGAGUGUGGAGGUGUUGGAGCGGCUUUUGCAUCGAGUUGUGGAGCCAUUCUGGAAAUAGUUUGCAGUGCUUUUGGGACUUUUUGGUGCAUUUCUCAAGCUGUGGAAAGGUAGGGAGCUGAGCUUUGUCGUUUGCAUGCCUUUUAUUGUGUUCUGCAUUGUGGGUUGGUUUCCAUGCCAGCUCAUUUUGACUUUUUUCUGACCUCCAGAACGGAUUAAUUGGUUUUCAAUGCAUUCCUAUGGGAAACCGCGUUUCAGUUUACAAAUUUUUUUGCAAUAAGAAACGUCCUGGAGACCACAUUAAAUUCGUAAACCGAGGUCCCACUGUAUUCAGUAAUAUUUUUGCUUACAUUCCACAUUAUAUCUCCACAUUUGAGAGCUGUAGCAGUGUUAAGCUGUGUACUGUGGGUACUGCAUAAUUGGUCUUUGUACGGAACACCCUGGUCUUAUUUAAAAAAAAAAAAAAAAAAUAUUGAAAUAAAAACUGUUAUAUGACCUGUAAUCUGUAAGCCAGAUGGUUUUCUUGCUGAGGCUCUGCUCCGCCUAUAGUAGAUUAUAUGUAUUGAUGAUAUCCCGAGCAAUCCAGUGCUUCUCAUAGUGCAACAUUAGGAGGCAGGGUGCAUGGACAGCUUUUAAUGUGCUUCACUCACAGUGCUUCUCGACUUUUACUACAGCACAAGUUAAGUGUGGAAAUGCAGCCUCACAGCUGUCUGAUUACACCCAGGAGAGUGCAAUGCAUUACCAAUUUAUUUAAUAGCUGAUGUGCUUUUGUGGAUUGCAGUGUUCCUUUAAUUCUGUUUUCUAUUGGACCUGCAUAAAAUGUUAAUAUACUCGUACUUCUGACUUGUACAUGUUCUGAAGCUUACAUUAGCCAGCCAGAAUGCUGGUCCUUCUAAAAGUAAUGUCUCCAUGCCCUUCUAUGCUCAGCUUGCUUACAGAGCAGGGUCUGUGAGUGCUGGUCUUUACAUCCAGACUUCCUAUAGAUUUGUUAAGAAUUCUACCUCUCUCGAUGUCCCCUUCUUAAACUGUUAGAGGACUGAAAUAAUAAAAUGCAGACACUCAAUAAAUAUAGUUUUGGAUGCAGAGUUUUACUUUGGGCCAUAGUGCAAGAAUGCACAGAAUGACAGAUAGCUCUAAAUAUGCUAUUGCUUUUAAAGCUCAGGAACAUUUAGGCUUUAUACAUAAACCCAAAACUGAUUGAAUUAAAACUGCAUUACAACACUCGGGCUAAGAUAGCAAUAGCGGAUAUGGAGACAUGGGUAGAUUGAGAGUCUCAUCCCUGGGUCCUUUAGCCUCAAGUGUUCCUAAUGUUAUAAUGUUAUUUCUUUUUAGAUUUAGAAAAAAAAAUCUCCCACUGAUCACAAUUUCACAGUAAUUAUGGAAUACUUAUUGAAGGCAAAAAAAGAGCCACAUUUUUGUCUUGGCUCUGUAUUGGAUAUUUAUUUCUAAUAUAUAGUAAUGAAAACAGAUUUUGUUUGUGGUGUAUCUUAUCAACACUUGGAAUUUCAAAGUGGUAUUGAAUAAACUACUACGGAUAGUAACAUUAAAGGGGACUUGUUAUGACUCACCUUACCCUCCAAUCCGUGACUGCUAUGUCCUCCCAGAGGUAGGUGUUGCACUUUUGUAACACCCACCUCCAGUGUCCUCUCUCUCCUCCCGCAGUCUUCAUUGAUUUGUACUGUACUGCGGAUGCCUCUCCAUGCUGGGCAAAGCUCUUCUGCAACGUUGACACGCUGGCUUUGCCAGCAUGCUGGCAUCUGAAUGAAGUGAUGUCACUAUAGGGAGUUACCAUAGCAACCAAAGCAUAUGUGUUGUGGAUGCUAUGUCUGGAUAGCAGAAGGAUCACAUGUGAGAGGUCUUCUCUUCUCUCCCUUGUUAGUCAAAUCUUCAUUAUAGUCUAUUGACUGAGAGGUGGGAGAAAAACCUAUUUUUAAUUAGUUUUUUCUCCCAAUCUAUACAUUUGCUAGCAAAUAUGUGCGAUCAAUGUAUAGAAAUAAUGUAAUGCUUUUUAAAAAGAGCAUAAGUUGUACCUGCUAUCACAAGUACCCUUUAAGUACCUGAUUACAUUAAUUUGGGGGGGGAAAGUACCAUCAGAAAUACGUUAACAUGUUCAAUUAUUUGUAGCCCUUUUUUAAUAAAGGAAGCAUACCAGGCACACACAAUUAUGACAAGAUGUCCCAUUGUGCAUAUAUAUAUUUUUUUACAGACCUUAUCAGUAAAAACAUGCAGUGUACAGGAUAUACUGCACGUUCAGUGACCACAAUCAUAGUAACAUUCCAACUCUGCGUAAGUUCUAUUAUAUUUUUAUAUCUAACUUAUCAACGUAACACAUUAAACUUAUGCACACAAAAAAACCUUGCCUACAAAACUUUAUCUUUGCCAUGUCUCUUCCUCGUUACUGCUUACUCAGCACCAGUAAGUAAUUACCUGAAUAAUUUGUAACUGAUCAGUGCUCUCCUGUACAAAUGUAUGGCAGUAUCAAUGAGUCAGUGUGUUGGGAACAUGCACACACAUUGUCCUUUAUAUCAUGUGCACCCUUAGAUUUCAAUCUAUAGUGUACCUGGUCUUCAAUGGGAGGGUGCCUAAUACUGUGUAUGCCAAUACUAUGCUUACCAGUAUUGGUAUUUAUGGUAAGUAUGAUGGUUGGACUCCUGUGUGGGGUUGUAACAGUGAUAUAAUUCAUAUCACUGGUAACACACUACUGUAAACUGGGAAUGACACCCAGAUGUGCUCUAUGUAGGGUACACCCCUAAGUGGAAAGGUCCAAAUUGGGCCUAAUUAUACAUUUUCCCUUCCCUGUGUAAUGUGACUUGUUAGUGUUAAAAAGUCUUAGGUAUGAAUGGAGAACAGGUGUGUUAAAUUUGGUGUUAUCGCUCUCACACUCUCUCAUAUUGGUCACUGUAAGUUCAACAUGGCACCUCAUUGCAAAUAACUCUCUGAGGAUCUGAAAAAAAAAAUUGUUGCUCUACCUAAAGAUUUACUAGGCCAGGCAUAGGCAACCUUCGGCACUGCAGAUGUUUUGAACUACACCCCCCAUGAUGCUUUGCCAUAAUUUUGGGUGUAAGAGCAUUAUGGGGAAUGUAGUCCACAACAUCUGUAGUGCCGAAGGUUGCCUACCCCUGGACUAGGCUAUAACAAGAUUGCCAAGACCCUGAAACUGAGCUGCAACACGGUGGGCAAGACCAUACAGUGGUUUUACAGGACAGGUUCCACUCAGAACCGGCCUCGCCAUGGUGGAACAAAGAAGUUAAGUGCACAUGCUCCUUAUCAUAUCCAGAGGUUGUCUUUGGGAAAUAGUUGUAUGAGUACUGUCAGCAUUGCUGUAGAGGUUAAAGGUGUGGGGGGUCAGCUAGAUACUGACAUACUGAAGCUGAAUACUGGCUUAGAGGUAACAUUGCAGCCCCAGGACUGCAAGGUACCCGGGUUCAAAUCCGCUACUGGGCACUCCUGGGGUGACCUCGCCUGGCACUCUGGAAGUUACGGUGGGAACCCUGACAAGAAGGAAGCCUCUUCUAAAGAUGAUGCACAAGAAAGCCUGCAUAUCACUCUGGAAGUUACGGUGGGAACCCUGACAAGAAGGAAGCCUCUUCUAAAGAUGAUGCACAAGAAAGCCUGCAUAUCACUCUGGAAGUUACGGUGGGAACCCUGACAAGAAGGAAGCCUCUUCUAAAGAUGAUGCACAAGAAAGCCUGGUGUUAUCGCUCUCAGUUUGCUGAAGACAAGCAGACUAAGGACAUGGAUUACUGGAACCAUGUCCUGUGGUCCGAUGAGACAAAGAUAAACUUAUUUGGUUCAGAUGGUGUCAAACAGAGACAAGUGUGUCUUGCCUACAGUCAAACAUGGUGGUGGGACUGUCAUGGUAUGCGCCUGCAUGAGCUGCUGGCACUGGGGAGCUACAGUUCAUCGAGGGAACCAUGAAUGCCAACAUGUACUGUGACAUACUGAAGCAGAGCGUGAUCCCGUCCCUUCAGAGACUGGGCCGCAGGGCAGUAUUCCAACAUAACGACCCUAAACGCACCUCCUAAACGACCACUGCCCUGCUAAAGAAGCUGAAGGUAAAGGGAAUGGACUGGCCAGGAAUAUCUCCAGACCUAAACCCUAUUGAGCAUCUGUGGGGCAUCCUCAAACGGAAGAUGGGGGAGCGCAAAGUCUCUAACAUCCACCAGCUCCGUGAUGUCGUCAUGGAGGAGUGGAAAAGGACUCUAGUGGCAGCCUGUGAAGCUCUGGUGAACUCCAUGCCCAUGAGUGUUAAGGCAGUGCUGGAAAAUAAUGGUGGCCACGCAUAAUAUUGACACUUUGGGCCCCUUUUGUUCCCAACGGUUUAGACAAUAAUGGCUGUGUGUUGCGUUAUUUUGAGGGGACCGCAAAUUUACACUGUUUACAUUGUAGCAGAUUGUCAUUUCUUCAGUGUUGUCACAUGAAAAGGUAUAAUAAAAUAUUUACAAAAAUGGGAGGUAUAUUAUUAUAUAGGUAAACUUGUUUUUAAGUGUAAUUGUUAAAUACAUGUUUCAUUUUUAAAUAUCUUUAUAACUGCACUUGAAAUAUUAAGUCACAAUCGGUAUACAGUUCUUCAAGCAGCGUUUUUCAAUAAACAUUGACAUAAACAAGCGAAGAAAGUCCAAAAGAGAAUACUACAAAGCACUAAACUUAAACAAAAAACUGUGAAAACAUACAUGAUGUAAAGGAGUCCCACCAUCUUUGGAAUGAUCUAUUAGGGGAAGACAGCACCAACCAAGAUACGCAAAAGGUCCUCUGCAUGACAAAGAAACCGUGCAUGUUUAUUAAAUCUAUAAGAAACGUACUUGCUGAAAGUAUCUCUUGUGAAGAGAUUCCAAUGUGUGAUAAUCAACGUUUCAGUGAUAUAAAUCCUUGAAUGCUUUUUCUGUACCGUUUUAUAUUGUGUGUGUGAGCAGUAACUCUUUUGAUGUGGGGAAUAAGAGAGGAAGAAGAAAGGGGAGAAUAGAUGAGAUCAAGUUCUAGUUAGAAAGAAGCCAUGAAGAGAGAAUUGCUGCCAUCACAGAGGGGGAUAAUGCGCCUAAAAAUAAGCUCAUGGUACAUCACCACCCUCAAAGUCCUCCCAUGGUGCCCAUGGUUUAUAGACUGCUCUAAGUGAAUUGUGGAUUUGUGCUGUCAAUUGAUCCAUUAUGAAAUUGUCCCUAGUUUUCUGCAUCACAAUUUCAAGUGGAAGCCUUAAUAAAUAUCGUCUCGUGGUGACCAAGAUAAUAUCUUAUUCCCACAGCCAUAGCUAGCAAUUGUAGAGGAAGUGACAAAACCUGCCGAUGGCACCUCUGCUCUUUGUCAAGUUUUAUCAACUUAAGAAUUUAACAUAAUCGAGUAAUCCCUACUUUUUUUUAAGGAAUUUAUCUUUAUGGAAUGCUCAGAAAUAUCUUUUGGUUAACAGAGCUGCUUUAAAGAGAUUUAAAAAGUAAAAAAUGCUAUGAAUAUUGCAUUCAGACAAAGAUAUUGUUUCCGAGACUAAGAGCAUAACAGACAGGAGUCUGCUUUGGAAAAACAGUCAAUUCAAGAGGAAGAUCCAAAGGCCUUGUAUGUUUGAGUCGCCAGCCUGACAGCCAGACCUUGGUGUGGCCUUUAAACCUGUCACAAAUAAUGUCACCUAGAUCAUUUGUGAUUUACCAUUAAUCAUUUGUGAUCUUGUUUGUUUACUUGUACACCCUGUUUAAGCACGGAGUAAAUAUUUAGUGAUUUACUGUACAUCCCCUUUUAAACAAUAUAUUUGUGAAAAUAUACAAUUCUCUUCACUAAUGUGUGGUAUUAAUAAAACUGGACACUUAUUUACAUCCUUACUAUAAUCAUUUACAUAGCUGCGACUACAUCGCAACUCACUCUUAUUGCCGCCUAUACACAAAUAGAACAGCGUCCAGUUUAAACAAAUAGUUACAUCACUCUGCUUAUUUAUUAGGUGACAACUGAAUAAUUGCUGACAGCUCUGGUUGAAUUUUUUUUCCUCCUCUCAAUGAGUUCCCUGAAAUAGAAAUAUUACAGUUUUCUUGGUAAUUAAGAAAUUCCCUUAGUAGAGCCUUUGCCAAAGCAUUUUUAGCUGGAUUGCUCUGACCUCUUACUAAACACACAACCCUUUGGACAGUGAUCCCAGCAGACCAUGCAGAGGAUAUUGCAUUGAGAGUUGACAUGAAACAGGUUUCCCAUGAGCAUUAAUCCGACUUAUCAAGGAAGAAAGUCUGCAGAAUUCUUUUGUAUCUAUCUUCUCCCACACCAUUGUCUCCCUUAAUGUAUUGGCACAUAAGUUCACAGGCAGGGCUCCUGUCCUGUUGUUCUUAGCCACCCAGCUAGAUUGGGAAUUCACUGGCUUGCUUAUAUUGCAUUGUAUUUGUCUUCCAUAUAUUCAAAGAGUACAGCCCAACAACCUAUGUUGGGGAUAGUGGAACUCCAUUAUACCGUAUUUGAUUUGAGAAACCAAAUUGAUAUUGAAUGCCUGAAGAUCUUAUUUUUGUAAAACUAGUCAACUAAAACUGUAAAACUAGGCAUUAUUGUAUGUAUUUUUUGGUAUGGCACCUCCUGCCCAGGUCACAAUAUACACAUGGACGUGUUUUAUAUUUCCCUGUGAUACGCCCCUCACAGACAUGCUUUAAUAGCACUUACUGGAGUGAAGGAAUGACGGAUGUUUCACUCCAGAGAAAUUACAGCUCACCUUUAAAUUAUGCUACACACUCACAGCCUUUAUAUUUACUGUACUGUAUCGCCAUACGACAGUAUAUCAUGACCUCUCUAUUCUGUUGUAUAGUUUAUAAUGAUUAGUUACUUUUUCAGUUUGAGGAUUCUUUUCUUUCCAGUUAAUUAAUGGCUUAUUUAAAGGGACUCUCCAGUGCCGCACUGCAGCUCCCCUCUCACCCCCCAUCCCAUCCCUUCAGUGACUUACCUGUAUCCAGCGCCGAUGUCCCUCAGCACUGGUUCAGGGUCCGCCCACGCUCCUUCCCCGCUGACGUCAUCCGGUGGGGGAGAUCUAUUGCGCAUGUGCUUCUGCCGGCAGUUGGAAACCUAUUGCGCAUGCGCGGCCGGCGACGGGAAAGACCUAAUGCUCACACGCAUUAGACCUCCCCAUAGGAAAGCAUUGGACGUCCAGCGACGCUAUAGCACACGAAAUGUGUGCUAUAAACCCGGAAGUGCCCUCUAGUGGCUGUCUAGUAGACAGCCACUAGAGGAAGAGUUAACCCUGCAGGGUAAAUAUUGCAGUUUUUGAAAACUGCAAUAUUUACACUUACAGGGUUAAGGGUAGUGGGAGUUGGCACCCAGACCACUCCAAUGGGCAUAAGUGGUCUGGGUGCCUGGAGUGUCCCUUUAAUAUUAACCCUUGUAGCUCUAGCAACCCUCUCCCUGCUAUUUUGUUGCAAUCCAACAAGAUUGAGAUUAGAGUCUGUUUGUUAGCUUUUUUCUCCAUUUUGUUUUCCUUAAUUUUCAGUCCAUUUCCUUCCACCCACAAAAUACCAAGGACAGUCUAGUGAAAAUAGGAGUAAUGGUCCCUCUGCCUUUUUUUUAUAAUCACACACCAACAGUCAUAAAAGCCAUGGAAUUUUCUAAUCGACAUCCUCCUUGGGGAAGAGAAUUGGAGAGAAAAUCUACAGAACAUCUGUAGCCUCAUGUCCAUCGCCAGCUGUUUGCACUCAGCAGCAAAGCAGCCAUAACAUUUUUUUAAAGUAAUAACUGCUGAUCAAGUUGGGAUUUAUGGCUGGUUUGCCCUGCAGGUAGAACUGUGGAAUAUUUUGACUUCAAGAAAAGACAAAAUAGAUCUGAGUGUAUCCACAUGCACCUCUCCUCCUCUCAUACCAAUCUGAGCACGUAGGAGACCACUGAGCACGCUGGUGGAACUGCAGGAUGGGGGUCAUUCAGCAAACAGAGCCUACAUGUCCAGAUACGUUCUUUCACUAGUGUCUGGUAAAACUAUCAGAAUCACAGAUAAAGGGAGGCUGAUGGAUGAAUGCUAGAGACGUUCCUUCACAUUUUUCACAGCCUGGUUAUUUUACUUUCCAGCACAUUAAUCAGAACGAGAACGAGUCCAAUCACCUUGCAGAAACUCUGUAAAGAUUUAUAGGUUUUAAAGCAAAUUCUGCUUCUAGAAAAUUAUUCCUGCCUGUCAAUUACAGUGGUGUCUGUGUGUGAAUAUUAUUUUCAGGUGAUCUAAAAAUCCAUGUAAAUGUGAAAUAUAUUAUUUCUAGCCAAUUAAGCCAUUCACAGUUGUACACCAACACCUGGCUGAUUCACAGAAGAUAUACACUGGGUAAAUAUUUACUAUGGCUGCCUGCAGUACAGCGAUGAGAGAGAACCAUUCAUUAUUUCUGCUGCAGAAUCAUUUGGUUUCCGCAAUAUAACAGAGUGGAAAGAAUGUAUCUACCAAAAAAUCUGCUGGGAAAAUGUAUAAAAAAAAAUCAAAAGGAAUUAAACUGAAGUUUGAAUGAAUGCAAUAGACCUUAUGCAUUAUUCUCAAAAAGAAGAAAUACAUAUAAACCCAUAUCAUUUAGGCUACAUACCCUAAUUUCCAAGUGACUAAUGAAGACAUAUGGUGAAACAUUGCCUGCUGUAGGUUAAAAGAACACUCCAAUCACCAUAACAACUACAGCACACCGCAAUGAUGAUGGUGCUCAGAAUGCUCUGAUGCCCUCCCAAAUUAAGUAGUCAAACAGUUUGUCAACUUACCUGGAGUCUGCUGGUCACCGGUCGCAGCCUCUUGUGGAUUUAGAAGCCCUUGCAAGGCUCUUCCAUUAGCUCCACUGAGCUAAGCCCUGCACAUCUGGGGUAGCUCAGUGUGGAGAGCAUCUGGCUGCACAGUAGGAGUUGAUCAGCAGUUGGCAGAACCCAGGUAAGUUAUCCAUGCACUAUAUUCCAGUGGGCUGGUAGUUUCCUACUUUACUUACUGUGAACUCCAGAUUAAAGCAGAAGCUAGUGCUUCUAAUAGAGAAGAACUGAUUUCAGAGUUUGGCUUUGAGAAGCAUUGUUGAUAUAUUGAAGGGAUUACCACACAUGUACCAUGUGUCCUAUUGCUUCUAUGUGCGAAACAUCUGAUUGGAUACAAGGUGAGUUUAAUAGUUUAUAAUCACUAUAAAUGCCUAAAAGGAACUCUAAGCAUCUAAACAACUUUAGCUUAAUGCAAAAUAAUACUGUAUAGAUCAUGCCCUUGUCAUUUCCCUGCCAUUUAGAUGCAAAAUCUCUUUGCUUAUAGACAGAACUGAAUGGUGAAUUGGAGCAGUGGAACAGCAGGUGCACGAUAUAUACACCAAUACUGCUUCAUUAAAGGGACACCCCACACAUCUAAAGCACUUGAGCUUUCUGAUGUUCUUUGUGUUAGUGUGUCCACUUAUCGUUUUUUAAAAAAGGACCUAUUUCAGUAGACCAUGACAUUUUUGUAAAUUAACCUUGUUACGCCCCCAUGGCAGUCAGACAGCUGGUCCUAUUCCUGGUAGUUGUGCUCAGUGGAGGCAGGCAAUUACUGAGAGCAUGUUCCUUGACCAAGAUUUCUCAUUGGGAGUCUGUGAUUGGACAGCUACAGGACGUCUGAUCUGUGUUGCAAAGGCUGCAGGUGUGCGGCUGUUUUCAGCUAUACCUACAAUGAAAAAAUGCAUGCAUGUUUUCAUUGGGCAUAUAUCUUGAAAUUUUUUAUUUUUUUUUAUUUUUUAAAUCAAAUACAAAACAUUUCCAUUGGAGUGUUCCUUUAGUUUUAGUGCUUACCCUUCAAUGACAUGACAACAGAAUAAAUGCCAGUGAUGGUUUGUGGAUGGCAGGGAAAUGGGUUGAAAUGUGAUACUAAUAAUAAAAGCUGACAUAUGGGCCGAUAAAUACAAGGAUAUAGGAGGUGAAAUAUUAUUAUAUUUCAGGUUUUCCCUGACCUGCUCUGUUUUACAGUCAUGGGAAUAGGAGUAGAACAUAUUGAAGUGUAAUGACCGGUUAUGUGUCUUAAUCAUACCUUUUGACUGAUUAGUAUGACACAAUGAUUUCAUAUUUUUUACAAUGUUGGCAUUAUAUCUAAUGAAACAUAUGUGUGGCUUCUGAGCCUCCUUGUUCACACACUGUAGACAUCAAUCUACAACUAUUGAUUUAAAACAGCAGUGGCUAACCAAGGUCACUUUAUCUGUUUUAUACUACAUUUCCCAUGAUACUUGGCAACUGAAAUACUUAAAAAAAAUUUAGCCAAAAAGAAGGAAUGCCUUAAAUACUCAAAAAAAACCAAAAACUUUGAUAAUGUACUACACACUGUCUUUUCUUACCUAGUUUUUUUGUUUUUCUUUUGCUUGAUGCCGUUUCAUAGUUAGGAUUUUUGUUUCUUUUUCAUUUGUAGGUGACACAAAGCUCCAGUCAGAGACAGGAAAUAUUACAGUAGGUAUGGAUGCUUUGUUCAUAAAAAUGUGGUAAAGCAAUUUGUUUUAUUACAAUAACAUGAUGGCACUGUGUAGACAAUAACAAGCUAACUGUACAUAGUGCUUCUCAAAUGGCUAACUGAUAAUUGUGUUCUGUUUUCACUUUCCACCUCUAUGUCAUGGGUAUAGUUACAUGAACUACAGAUAUUCUGUGCAUGCUCCCACAAUGCUUAGAGCACAGUCCCAGAAUGCUGUGCAUGCAGCAUUAUGGAAUUAUGACUACCUCUAGCAGCAUGUCUCUGAUGCCCUAGUCCUCCACUUAGCCUAUCCACUCUGACUUCCAUGCCCCUCAAGUAAGGAAUUAUGUUAGCUGAGGAAGACCAGGCUGUACAUAGAAGUUCAGCACUGAAAUUUAGCUUUUCUUUUUUGGGGGAGUUGACCAGUAGAGUAACAGUAAGUGUUACACUAACCAAAUGCAGUGUUUUCUUAAAACAUUAUUUUUUUUUUUAGUUGAAGUAACACUUUAAGGCCCAUUGCAUAUUUCUGGAAGGUAAACUUCCUAGACAUUUUUAACAUUGAGAUGCAAUAUAUUAUUAUUAACAGUUAACUGUGUAGAGAACUAAUUGAUCUACUAUCAUGCUCGAAUUAGUCAUCAGGCUAACCGGACAAAUGCUUGGUAGGCUACGAUGGCCAUAGCUCUCCUACAGCUAUUAUUGCCCAUCAUUGCACAGAGAUUUAUAUCUGAAUUGCUUUGACGUAUACAAUGAUUCUUUGCAGACUCCUCAGAUGGGUGUUUAACUGCUUUUACACAUCAAGGAGCCAUAGAUGUGUAUGUCAGCCAAGUCGGCAAGGUACAUCUUAAAUCAGACAAAGGUGAGAAAAUAAUCAUUUAAAAUGUUCAUUUGUUUUUCUGUAAUCUCUUUAAAAGCAGCUUCAUGAUACUGAUUGAAUGGGAAAAUAUAAAACACAAGGAUUCACCUUAUAAAUAAAUUGUAAACAUUUGUAAAGAGAGGAAUGUUGUUUAGUAAUGGCUGAUCAAUAUGGAAAUGUUAUACAAAACCAUAGUGGAAUAUGACGAAGAAAAUUGAGCAUAUUCAUUCAUAUCAACCUUUCCCUCUGCCUCCCCCAGUACAUGCAAUGUGUAUGUAUAUUGUGAGUGAUAGGUGCCCCCGUCUUGGGAAACUUACCGUCUCUACCUUUUUCCCUCAUGGUUAGGAGUUGUAUGAUGAUAGUAACAGAGCCACUGGCUCUUCAAUUUCUUUUUAAUUAUUUUUCUUUUCAUUGAUGGCAGUGGAGAGAAUACAAAGAUAAUUUAUCUCUUAAUGUAAAUGGCCUUUCCAUUACUAGUUUUCAAAGUAGAUAAAAAGUGUUUUUCUGUAACAGUUUCCCCUUAAGAUACAUAUCUUCACAGCACUGAUGUAUGGAAAUAGCCUGCACAUGUGUUCUCUGAGUGUGUCCGUGUGUGACUCUCAUUGUAUAUGUUAAAUGUAUAGGCUCUCUUGGCCGUGCAAGGUGAUAUUUCUGUUUUCUUUUGAUUAGGCAAUAUUACAUUGAAAAUCCCAGAAAACCUUCAAACAUAUGUCCAGUUAUCUGGGGCAAAAGUUGAUGUGAGCCCCGAUGUCCAAUUACAGGAACUCCAGAAUACUUCCAGAGAGGGCCAGACAGUUGUAAAAGGUAUGUUAUGGGGUACAUAUUUUAGUCUUUAUGAAGGCAGCUGCAGUCUGAUUCUAGUAUGGGUAUGCUUAAUCCAUUUCAUACUUUUGUAUACGGCCUUUUUUUUCCAUCUGGAUUUCCGAGGAGCAGCACUGUGCAGCUGCCCAGAGUCCAGGAUCCCAGGACAGAUUUACAGUUCUGUUGAGUUUCUAAUGAAUUUUAAAACAUUACAAAACGGCGUUGCAAGAAUAGCACACACCUGCUGCUUCACUGGAAGAGACAGGACCCAUGAGUACAAAAGCAACAUGAAAAGAUUAAUCUAAUUAUUGACAGCUCGAGCCUACAAAGUCUUUCACUCAGAAUAGAGAAAUCAGAUACAGUAGCACAACUACCUGCUUCCACAACAGAUAUUCUUGUUAAGGGGUCUGUUCACUAAACAAAUUAAGGCUAAAAUAUUUGAAUUUAACCUUCAUUGGAGAUUAUUUUCCAGCACUGUUAUUUUGACUUUCAUGAUAAAGAUAGAAUUUUCAGGACGUCGGUGAUAUUAACCUUUUAGGCUAAAAUGCCUGAAUCAGAAAUAUUCUUUAUGUAUAUUUUCAGUUCAGCUAUUCAACAAAAAACAAAAGCACGUGCAUAUGUGGUCAAACACUCUAUAAAAAUAUCCAGAUUCUGAAACUGUAAAAUAAAUUAUGUAACACACACAGAGAACUACGCACAAUGUAGAGACACAGCAACAGAAUGAGUAAGACUGAGGCGGCCCAGGUGGUCAGCUCUGCUUUUAUGGAGAGCAUAAAAGUCGCAAGAGAGUGCUGAGAAUGGGCAACAACUCAAUUAACCUGCCCUUUGGUGGGUCCCCGCUCAGUUCUCAAGCUGGUUUUAGCUAAUAUUGUGCCAUUAAAAAGAACCAGGCCAUUUGCAUCUCAAACUGAUUUCACCAAAAAGGGCAGAACAGGCCCAAAAUACAGACCGUGUCUCUCUGCAUGUGAGAUACAGCAGCCCCAGACGAUAGUUUCAACCUUGUUAGGCAUCAUCAGUGAGGUAUAGCCAAUAUCCCUCUAGGCACCGUGCCCUUUUGGGUAGAAUGGCCCGGUUCUUUUUGUAAUGGCACAAGAUGAGCUUAAACCAGCUUGAGAUCAGAGCGGGGACCCACUGAAGGGCAAGCUAAUUGAGCGGUCAUCCAUUCUCAGCACUCUCUUGCGACUUGUUUCUACCUCUGCUUUUAUUGCUUAAAUGUCUAGAACAGGGGUAGGCAACCUGCGGCACUAGUGCCAUGCACGGCACUCGAGGUGUCUUUGCACGGCACUCAAGGCUGCUAGAGCCAAACGCACUCUGGCCUAUCAGGAGUUCCAGUAAAACUUCAGAUAUCUGCUAAUACGAAGAGGUGGUGAAGGACAAUCCUCAAUUUAUGCAUUACAGCACAUAGAGGAAGUGAUCUCAGAUCACUUCCUCCCAGCACUUGUGAAUGGGAAUUCACACUAUAGUAAAGCAGCCCUCGACAGCUAUCACAGCUCCUAGUCCCCACUGGAACCCACCCACACUGCUAGAUAGACAAAGAAAUGCAGAAUAACCCUCCCCUCAUACAAAUAAUAUGAACAGCCCACACACACACAAUCCCCACAAACGCAACACCACUAACAAUCUUCAUACAUUCACACAACUCCACAUGCAGCCUCUCACAUGCAAUACCCCAAACAGCCCCCACACACUACCAAACACACAAUGUGACAUAUCCAUCCACACACACAAUUCCACAAGCAGCCCCCAUACACACCACACAUUCAUAUGUAUCAUACACGAUACCAUAAACUACUAUUGAACAUAUACAAUAUAAUAGCUCAUAUACACACAAAUACAACGAUACAAAGCAAUUACAGUAAAAAUAACACAAGCAGAACACGGCAGCAUACACACCUCAAUUAUGAAAAAUAGGAUCAGCACGCUAAGGGACAUCACAAUCCUUUAUCGGCACAGUGCUGCUAAAAGGUUGCCUACCCUUGGUCUAGAAGAUAAAUGAAAAUCCAAUGUAUGGCACUUUUGUCUUAUUGUAUCAAAGUAAAAGAAAUUUUAUAUAUUUUUACAUCUUACAAGAAUUUACAUCUUUUUUUUUUAAAUUUAGUUUAAACUGAAGUAUCCAUUUAACUUAGAGCAGGUUUGUCAUCCGCCAGACAUACACACUUUUUGAAUGCAAAGGUUGGUCAAUGUAUUUUAUGGGAGUUGUAGUCCUACAAUAUCUGGGGGAGCAGAGUUUUACAAUUUAGGCUUAGAGCUCUCUCCAACCAGUGCUAUUCAGAAGAAAGGGAUACAUUGUGUGCAACACAAGGAAUCAAGUAUCUCUAGCUUUGAUUGCUCUGUUUUACUCUUAGAGAGGUGGAGUAUUGGUUCAUUGUUUUACAUUUCCAAUCAUUCUUUUCAGGGACUUUGAAUUUGGUAAAUGAAAGAGAAAGGUGUAUUGAAGCAGAAGCUAACAGUGGCACAAUUUACAUAAAACACCAAAACUGGCUUCAGUCGUUAAAACUGCACUCUACCUGACCAUCCAACUUCUUCAAGACUGUGUACCAGUAACUCUGACAUCUGUUUUGACCUCUACAAUUGGGUAUUAAGAAGAAAAUUAUUUUCUUGUUGGGUGCAGUCUGUUUCUGCUUUGUCUCAUGAAAAAUAAAAACACAUUCUUCAACAGGAAAGACUAACUCGAUCAGUAGAGGCUGUACAUUUUUCUGUAGCCACUGCUUUAAGGGUAUAGAAGAAAAUGAAGAACGUUCCUCAUCUGUCUGGCAAAGAACAAACUCACAAUUCUGGACUUGUCUCCUCUAUUUAAAGUGAGUUAGGGUAAACAGACAUUUUACCUCUAUCUUUAGACUUUAAUGGGUGAAAAUGGUUCUUAUUAGGUAUGAUUACUUUUCCAGUUUAUUGCCUGGAGUGUGCAUAUGUAGAGAGCAUUGCUUCAUCAUACAGGGAAAUCAUGUCACUAACUAUUUGGCAUAACAAAGUUGCCUAAUGAACUGUGCCUUCUGCCUGCAACUACAUAGCAAUGUGUUAUGCCACUAUGUAGAUUUAAAUUUGUUAGUUUAGAUCCAAACACUUAUAUUCAGGGAUUCAAUAAUGUUAACAUUUAUAAAUCGUAUUUUAAUCAACUAUUAAAAAGCCAUGCUCCCAGAGAACUAGUGAGAGCACCUUAUAGAUGUUUUGUCUGAAUACUGUAUGGUUUUUCCACGGUGUAGGUCGCAGGAUUAGAGCUGUAAUUAGGUGUGUGCCUUUCACGGUCCAUAUAGUUCAGAAAUGGCUAACCUUGACACGAGAUGCUGGUGAACUACAAUACCCACAAUGUUGUGCUAGUCCAUGUAGUUCAAACAGCUGGAAUGCCAGCUGGCCAUUACUGAUGGAGGUUUUUUCCCUUUAUUCUGCAUGACUAAUUCACAUUUCUUCUGACUGUUGUGUUCAACGGUUUUCCUAUAUGUUAUUGUUGCUUGUUUUAUAAGUCUUUUUCUAAGUAUGGCUAAACAUUUCUUCACCAUUUUUAAUGUGCCUACUGUGAUCUUAACCACUACUAAUAUAUGUCUUGUGUACCAAGAAAUUAAGCUGUCUGGUCAACAUAAGGCUGCAAAUCAACAGUGCGGCUUGCAAUAAAAUGUAGAACAAAGCAACGUGUGGUUUAUUUUCACUUUCUGGGUAUGUUUUGCAGUUAGUAAUACACAUGGUAAUUAAUAAG